ACUGUCAAGAUGGCGGCGGGCCGAAAGAGUUGCAACGUACGUUAAAAAGUACACUGUGUAGCGGCUUUUGGAAGUCAUUAAACCUUCCAGAUUACAUACUGAACGACUUUUAUAGUGGUACUCGGUAGCACAUUUGCUGAGCAACAUCAUAAAUUGCACUUGACAUCAUAUUCAGUGGCAAGAGUUACGUAGACUUGACGUUCACGGUUCAUAAGCUUGUCAACACGUGCAAGGUUGUUUGAUUAUGUGAGUUGUUCUGAGGAAGAAUGAGUAAGAAUACAGCGGGAAAGAGGACUGCUGUUCCUACAGUUGAGCAGAUUAGCUCAGAUCGAAUCACUCAGGUAAUGUAUUACUUUUUAAGGUGUAACGUACAAUGCUUAAAUUAUUGUUUUUAAAUACUUUAGCAGUAAAGCAACUCAAGCUUACUUAUUCUGUCAAAGAGUCAACGUAUUCAGGGCGUCAAUCGAUCAACCGAUGACGAUCAGUUAAUUUCUGUUCUGUCGAUUGGCAUCGGCCAAUCGAUGACCAAUUUUUAAUCACACAAAAGUUGUCGCGAACUUCAUUGAUUGCCCUCGAUUAGCAUACUAACUAAAUCUUCAGUCAUACGUGCGUCAGUCGCAUAGACUUGUUGGAGAAUACGUUUCUUUGUCCAGGUACUCUGGUUUUCCCCUCUCCUAAAAAACCAACACUUCUAAAAUUCCAAAUCGGUCUGGAAUACAUGGACACAUUUAAACAAUUAGUUCUAGGGCUGUCAACCCCACAAGACAGUCUUCAAAUAAUAUUAUUGAGAAUUGAUAGGGAAGGGAUGAUAGAUGAUGUCAUAUCGUACAGUAUAUGACGUCAUUUGUGCAAAAAAUACUUGUUGACCCGAUCGUCAUGAAUUUUCGAUGUUCCGCAUUAUUGCGUACAUUGCAAUCACAUAAUAUACCAUACCGAAGUCUAUGAGGAAACGUUCAAUGUUAACAGUACUGAAAAUAGCUCAAACAUUGCAAACUAUUUAAAAGUUAUUGUCAGAAAGUUGAGUCUACAACUGAAUGGCAAACUUUGGUGAAUAUCCAGGAGAUUUCGUACUCUAAUAUGGAGACCGGGAGAUACGGUCCAAAAUCUGGAGUCUCCUGGAUUAUCCGGGAGAGUUGACAGUACUGUAGUUCAUAUAAGAAAUCCUAAAGUGCUUCCUGGGUAAACAAAUAUUACAAUUUUUACUGUUAGUAUGGGUACUUGAAGCAGAACUUGCUGGUUACAUGAACUGUUGAUGAUGCUGUGGUCCAAAUUUAUCCAAGGCUGCUGCCUAAAGGGCACCCAGUGGCCAGAGGCUCCUACGAUUACCUUUCCUUGUGGGUGACUAAACUUUUAAAGAAGGAGCCUGCAGGGGCGACUAAAACUUAUGAUUCUUAUGGCAAUAGCCUCUAUGCCUACUUCCAAUGAAGGAACAGCAGAAUUCCCUGCUCAUUUUGCGCUUUUGAAAUGAAAAUGUCAACCUUGUGUUUGUCGACUGUAGGCAAAACAUUUCUGCUGCUAAAAGUAAACAAACAAGCUGUUUUCUGGAAAUUCACAACUCGAACGAAUUGAGUUUCGAGUAUCUGCUUUCUUAUUUAAGUUCAUCAAUCACUGGGCUCCUAGAAAAGUGGCUCGGGCUCCUAACUUUAUAUUUUUAUAGGAGCCUGAAGGGCUCCAAAAAAAUUUUCUUGGGCAGCAGCCUUGUUAUCCUUGGUUUCAAUUUAUUUCCUUUGUUUUGGGUAUGGUAGUGUAUCAUAAUGAGUUUAAAACAAAGGGAAAUAAAAUUUAAACCAAGAAUAAAUUUGAACCAAAACAACUAGUAUAUAGGUGGUGGAGUCUGGUGGGGGCUUACUUUUGUGUAGUUUUGUAGUUGUGGUACUAACAAGGCAAUUUCAAUAAUUAUACAUAAUUAAUUAGUUGAUAUUUUAUAUUUAAUUUCAAUGUUUGUUUUAUUAUUACAUUUGAUAGCUUGCAAAGCAGUAUUGGACUCCCGGGGAAGGAAAGAAACCCUUCAAACCACAGGUACAAAGCUGCAUAGCUACCAUGAGAAGUUCCAUGAAGCAGUUUUGACUACAGUAGAAGCUCUCUGAAUGGAUGCUAUCAUAAGCAGACAGCUCUACUUAAAUUACGGCUACCUUUACAAAACCCUGUUUUUCCAAUCCCCACACACACUGUAUUUUAACAUUCCCUUAAGCACCUCAGUUCCAGUUAUGGACACCUUUUUCAUGUCCUGAGGGUGUCUGCUCACAAGAGCUUCCGCUGUAAUAUCAUUAUACCAGGUGUCAUGCAAUGAUCCUUGAAAGUUACUUGAAGGAGUUGAAGGUAACAUACUCCUUUGCGUAUUUUGAUAGCUGGUUAUUUACAUGUACAUGUAAGUUUCAAUGUAAAUUGACUAAAACAAAGCUUCAUGUACAUUGUAUGAGCUUUUUCUACUUCCCAAAAAAAUUAAUUCUGCAAUCUCCUUGGAACUGCAAAAAUUUCAUGCCACCUGGCUGCUGAUACAAGUAUGGCUGUCAUAAGAGUCAAUGUUCACUUUGCUUGAGUGCAUCCUAAAAGACAAUAGACUUAUCUCUAGAAACGAGAUUGAACAAUAUGGAAUCUGUCUAAAAAAAUUCAUUUUUAUAGCAAAUACAAUUUACACAGGUAGGUUAAUCAAAUUUUGAAUAAAACUGUUUUUUAUGGCCUAAACUACAGUUAUCUCAUGACAGAUGAUAUGAUAAACUGUGUACAUGUAAACAUGCUAUCCUUUGCCAGAAUAUGAACUUGAUACACAAUGUAGGUACAUAGUACAUGUACAUGUAGGAUACACUGUACCUAUAUGUCAGUUAUCAAAAUGGUACAGAUGUACAGGUCCAUCGAUUUUGACAGCUGUUGAUAAUAAUUAUUGACUCUCUAAUUGAUAUUAAGAAAUAAAAAUAACAUACAUAUGCACAUUUGUAUAUAACCCCAUAAAAGAACAAUAUUACAUUGUACAUUUAUUGUAUCAUAAGCAUUCUUUCUGUGAAUCGAAUAUUAGAAUUUUGACUUUUAGAGUAAAACUUUACAUAUCUCUUUUUUGUGCAAAUUGUACAUAAUAAUAAUAAUAAUAAUAAUAUUUAUUUCUGUUUCAGUGGGGCCCUCGAAUCUAACUAAUUAAUUUUGACAAAUUUAAAAAUUUAAAAUCUUAAAAUUUAUACAAAAAAAAAACAUCAAGGUUUAAAAUUAGCUGAGAUCUUUUAAAAAAGUUUUUAACUUGGAUUUAAAAAUAGAUAAAAUAUUACACUUAAAUCAUGUGGAAAAGUCUUUCGCGGGCGUGAAAAAUAAAGUUUUUAUUUGUUCUGGGUGGGGUUUUCUCAUUGAGAUUAUAUGAAUGAACAGCUUGACUUUUAGUAAAAUUAAAAAAAAUGUGUUUCUCUAGAUUAUUGAUGACAUUUACAGGAAAGAGAUCAAAGGAAGCAAGUAAGAUUGAGAAAAAAAAAUUGUCAUGAGCUUAUUUCUGAUACUUAUCAGACUUACUACAUGAGAAAGUGGUUAUAUACAUGAUGGUUGUUUCUCACCUACAUGUAACAAAAAUUAAUGCAUCUCUCAAAAUUAUGAAAAGUAUAUGUACAUGUGAUACUACUUACAGAAAUUAUACUUGCAGUUAGUCAAAUACGUAUGCAAAAUCUGUUACAGCAGGACUACUAUAAAAUAAUAAUUUCGGACUACCUUGCCAAAGUUGACCAAUCGGAUCACAGGAAAAUAACCAUAAUACUUGACAAAAAAGUUUGUUUGAGCCAAUCAGCUCGAAGCACAAAAUCUAACUAUUGAUAGCAAACAAUUCCAAAAACUUUAAAUAUAACCUCCAGACAUCACUUUUAUCACAAGCUGUUAUGUUAUGCUACAUUUUGUAUGUGUCACCAAUUUUUUUGUUAACAUUUCCCAGCUUGCAACAGGGUCCGAAAUUAACUUUUUAAUACGGGCGCCAACUGGCGAUCAAGUAUAAAUUUUUGGUCGCCAGAGGGCAAAUUGUGGUCGCCAAAAAUUCCCCCUCCCUUUUUUUUCAAUAAUAGUUUAAACACGAAUAAAAAAUGUAUGGUAUGGACGUUUUUGUGCUCGAAAAUUGCACUACUUCCGAUACCAGAAAACAACCGUACAUGUACGAGUGAAGUCUUUUUUUUUCCACAAAUUACCUUUUGGAGAUAUAAAGCUGUCUGACUUAGAACGUAGGAACAGAAAGCUGUCUGCCCAUGACUGCACUGAUCAUAUCAAAACUCUAUUUUUUUCCGAUAACUACCACGAAACACGAAACGUAAACACGAGUCAAGCUUCAAGCCGCCAUGUUGCUCGUUCCAGGCCACAACUGUGCCACAUCACUCGUACCAGUCCGCAAAGUACAUAACGUCCUUACUGUAUUUCAGCUGAAAACAACAUGACGGCUUGGAAACGUACAACUCGUAUUGAUCGUAGCUGUUGUGGAGGUAUUAUUACAGGAAGAUUCGUUUCACUUUUAAUUAAAAAAUAUCAGCAGGACAAAAAGUAAGACUCCUGUUGGCAAAUAUCUUCGAGGUUUCAAUUCUUAAUCAGUUUCUCCGAACGUUAAAGUCAGUAACACAGUAACAACCUGCUUUACAAGUCGCUAGCUGGCGACCAGCUAUGAAAUUCUGGUCGCCAGGACUGAAUUUUUAGUCGCAUUGGUGCCCGGGAAGGUGCAAUUUCGGACCCUGUUGUAAUAGCGUUUACUUUUUUUUCCUCCCUCAGUCACUCUAACAAACCUCUCAGGAAACAUUUUGCUUUUUUCAGCACAUUCAAAACGCCAUGUCUGACAGUUGUAAUUGGUUGAUUUGGAUCCAUGUUGUUUACAGCUGUAUUUCAGUUCAUAGUAAUUUCAUGUAUGAUUGAAGACCAGCUUUCUUGGAAUGAUUAAUUAUUAUUAUGUUGUCCAAUUGGUCAACUUUGUCUAAGUGGCCCCGGUUACUAGUCGCACUAUAACAUACCUGUACAUCGUCAUGUAUUAAAUGGUGAAUGGAAGUCAAAUUUCCAUCAAGUGUUGGAAUACCCUAAUCAGGAAAACAGGGCUACUGACUGUAGCUUUUCAGAUGAGUCAUCCAUUUCACAAACUGGAGGGAAAUUCUAAAAAAGUGUGCAUGUGAUUGUAUAAUUUUAUAAUAAAUUCCAGUUUCCAGCAUUUUUUGUAUGACAAAAGAACCAUUGAGUGAUACCAUACCAAAUAGCACAGAUUUUUUUUUAGUUUUCGUGAGACAAUUAUUUUAAGUGAAUUAGUUAAAACUUGAUAUUGUGUUUUCUUAGGUUUUCUGUGAAGCGUGUUAUGCUGCUAGAAUUCAGGUAAAAAGAAAAUGAAGACAAUACACAGUACAUUGAUUAACUACUUGUACAAGCUUACGAUUUCAUAUUGAUGAUGUAAAUCACUGUUCACAUUACUGUAACUUGUGACCUUUUGUUUUUUGUCUGUUAUAUGAUUAUUUAUAAACUAUAUAAUUUAAUUGAAAGUACAUUUAAAUUUAUUACCAUGUCAACCAAUCAGAGCAGCAGACCAGAUUCUGGAUAGAUUUAGAUAAGUAUGGAAUUUUUUAGGCCAAAAAGCAGAUGUGAUUCUCUCAUAAGUAGGUUGAGCAUGUUCAUCUGGGUGAACGUAUUAACUCGCUAGACUUACAUUAACAUAACAUGCAUUACCCAUGGUAUACAGUAGUAUUACAGUCAAAACUCCAUGUGUCACCACCUCUCAUAAGAAACCACCUCCUACAUGUACAUCCGUACAUGUACAUAUAUGAGCGACCACCAAUCCAAAACACCAAAACGAAAACCUCUUGUAAGCAACUGUCACCACUGUUUGGGCUGAUGGUUAUUAAGAUAGUACAUGCGUUCUAAUUGGUUAAAAACGUAUGUUUUACCUAAAAUUAUUUUAUAAAAGCAAUAGACCACACUUUCUAUGGGUUUACCGGCUUGACAACCCACUUGGGAUGUUGGGACAACACUUGAAAGGCUUGUAAAUCACUCUGUUCUCCCAGCUUCCUGCGUCAGUUAUUACAUUGGUAAACCCAUAGAAAGUGUGGUCUAUUUCUUAAAAAAACUUUCUAUUGUUUUUAUCCUCUUGUAAGUGACCACUUGAUGCAUGGCGUGAUCUCUACUAAUAUGUUCGCUGUUUGUACAACAGUGUAUAUAUGCCACUUAAAUUUUAAAGUAUACAAAGAACUUUCAAUGGCAAUAUAACACAUACUGUCAGAAAGUAAUUAUCACAACUUAUAAAAUGAGUGCAAUAAAUUCUCUUCCAAAAAAUAGGUGGCAGGACCCCUUUUUUUCGAAGAGAUCACCUUUGGAUUCAAUCUUGAAAGUGAACAUCUCCUUUAUGUGACCAUUAAAUUUUGCAGUUUGAGUGGUCACUUACAGUACACGUAGGAGCAAAUGUAUUACUUUCUUUGAAAAAAGUGACUCAUCUAUUUGUCUAUUGCUUUUGCAGUCAGUACCUAGAGAACUAUCUAUGGACCAAUUUUGAUUCUAGCAAGGUUUGUUGAGGUCUUACAAUGUACAUUAAUGCACAUGAGCAACAGACUGGGGAGAACUGGGUAGUAAAAUAACAUGGACAAGACCUCUUUGUCACAGGCACAUUUAAUAUUAUAAUAAUAAUAAAUUAUAGAGACCUUUAGGUUCUAAGACAAGGAUGACAGGUACAAGAUGAGAUUUUCUCAAUACUAAGCAGUGCUUGAGUGUGAACCAGCAUCAUUUUGGCGGAAAAACGUGAUAGCGGUCGUCAUUCUACUAUGAAUUUAGUGAGAAUGUCGUAGUGGCAGAAAUGAGUUAUCAAAUGUUAGAAGUUUUAUCAUUUUGUGAUCAGGAGAGGGCUUAACCUCCUUUAAUAUAGAUAACAGUGCUAACUUUUCUAAUGAAAAAAAGUACAACGGAGCUUUCUGUGGUGUCCAUUUUUUGAGAAUACAUGACAGGGUGCAAAGAAAUUCAUUUUUACAGCUUGCCAUUCAGGCAAGCUGAAGCUAGAAUUUACUAGCCCAGACGUCAUUUCAACUAACUCGAAAAGCUUUUUGACAAGCGGAAUUGAUUUCACAGUUCGUCUGUUAUUCGAAUUCCUCAAAAAACAUCACUUGCCCAUGGGGCAAGUUAAAAACAGAAUUCACUAGCCCGAUAGUAAAAUCCACUAGCCCCGGGCUAUCGGACACUACUUUCUUUGCCCGCUGCAUGAAAAAAGUUUAAGUAAAAUCUUGUACUCAUAGUCUUUCUCAUCCUUGAAUCUAAAGCCCUCUAUUGUUGCACCUUUUGAACAGUGUUUUAAAGCUCUUAUCUAUUGAAAUGGGUACCUGGGGCAUUAUCCAGACGAGUUAACCUGUCAUCAAAAUGUGGGUGCCUUUUUGCAGAGGUGAAACUUGUUUCAUUCAGACUGUGUGUCAUUGCAGUGAUGUUGCAAAAAUCAGGAUAUGCAAACCUCUCUUGCCCAAAUAAAACUAUGUAAGGAUCCUUGUGGGAAAUUAUUACCUGACAGGAAACUGCAGAAAUUGGGGAAAAAAUUUAUACACUCCAGCAAUGACAAGGACAGCUGAACCUCACUAACAAUGAACUACCAUACAAACUACCGCUUACACGCUGUAUAGGCUCGCCCAUUUAUAAGUCUCCCCCUCACUUAUAAGCCCCCACCCCCCAAUUAGUCCAUCUACCUACAAGCAAAAAAUACAUUGGAUUAUACCCCCCCUUCAUUUAUUAGCCCCUCUAGAUUAAUUUAUUGAAAUAAAUUUGAUUAUUUAAGACAUUUUGGAGCUUAAUUAAAAACCAAUAAGUGCAAAAUGUUUUUAUUUUGUCAGUUCUGCUAUACAUGUAGCUUCCAUUGGCGCUUUUUCUUUUCCAGUUAUGAGCCCCUUUAGGAUAUGAGCCCCUCCAUUUAUAAGUCCUCCUAAAACCUGUUCCAGAGAUGUAUAAGCAGCCCAGGGUUUAUCGUACUCAGAGAAUUGCAUUUUGCUAAUUAAAAAACAGAAAAGGAAUAUUGCUGACCUGUAACAGAAAUUUCAAGUAGUGGAACAUACCAUACGUCCUUUCUCUAACCCUUUCCAAUACCACCUGACUGUAUACCCUCCUUACAAGGCCCACGAAAGCUAUAUAUAAUAAUUGAUUUAAAAUGUCUUCCAAUUCUUUGCAGGCUACUGUUGAACAUUUGAUGUCCAUAGUAGUGUUAGUGAAUGAGAAGUUCAGACAAGGUGUCCCUCCUUGGGAGGUAUUUAAUAAAAUUUUGAAUUAGUUUAUCCUAAAAAAAAAAUCCUUUAACAUGCAAAUUUGCAAGGUACAAAGCAAGUCUAUGUUUGGCUGCAUUUAAGAAAUCACUGGAUUUCCAGACCUGUAUCCAAGUGGGUUAUCAUAGGAACACUAAUUCUUUUCCAUAGCUUUUCCAUGAAGCUGUUCAUGAUAAACACUGCUUAGGAGUAAGCAUUGGCUUGAAACUCAGUGUUUUUAGGAAAAACAUGUAUCUAAUUUUUUAAAAAAUCAUCGCACCUUUAAGUACUGUUUAAAAACGAGCAGUAGUGUAUUAUCAGGUUUAAAAACUUGAGGUGAAAUCUCUGAUAUAAAUCAACCUAUUCUUGCACUAAUAAUUUUAGAUUUUGGGUUACUUUGGUCUAAAAAUUUGGACAUAAAGUUUAGCCACGUCUUUAUCGGAUAUAAAGACACUCAUUAAACAUUAAUUUCUUUUUUUUCCUUUAUAAAUUAUUAAUGAUUUUUUGAAUUUGUAGUGGCUGAUUGAUUGUAACUGUUUAUUUUUAAUUGUUAUACCUUACAUGUAACAUGAGAGUUUCAUGUGAAGGUACUUUUUUAUAAAAUAAUUGUUAUAUAACAAAAUUAUCAUUUUACCCUUUGUUUAGUCAUUCAAGCAACAUCCAGAACAGUUUCAUGGAUUUUUUCAACGCAUCAUGGACAUGAGCUUGGCUGAUGAGGAGGUAUGUACUAUUUUGAACCAGUCAUGAUUGUUUGCAUGGUCGAAUCAGAAAUGGGAUGGUUGGUUAUACCAGAAAGAGAAAAGAAACUCUUAUUAUCAUGUUACAGGCUAAAUUUUACAUAUAUAUACAUGUAAUUAAUACAUGUAUUGCUAAAUUUUUUUAUAUUUUAUUUAUUGUUUAUGUUUCAGUUAAUUUAUAUUUUUUUACUGCAGUUGAUUUUUAAUUGUUUUUAAAUUUAAUUGUAUGUUUGCUAAUGAAUUUGAAAUGGUACCAUCUGUACAGUGUAACCAAUUGAUCAAACAGCAGCUUUGUAAGAAAAUUGAAAGUAAUUUUAGAUCGCUUAUAGGAAAGUGAACAAUGUAGUUUAAGAUAUCAAUAUUUUAUUGGAUCUAAAUGUGUUGCUCCCACAUCUCCGUCUGCCAAAUCAUAAUCAGGAUGUUCAAGUUGUCUAGUUGAUUGUCUUGUUUACUGUUAUUUUUUCCUUCAGAUUCUGUCAAUUAGAGAACAGUCAGUCAUCUUGGUGUUGUUGAUCCAUUGCUUUAACAGUUUGGUAUGUCACUGUCCUUCAUAAAUAUUCUACAUGCAUUAAUGAAACAACAUCUGAACGCACUAAAGAUCUCAAAACCGGACCCUAGAUAUUUUUUUUGUUUAAUUGUGCAGUGAGGACAUACCAUUCAGAUUGUUACUACUCUAUUCAGCCUACAUGUUGUCAAGAAUUAAGUAUUUUUUAUUUGCUUGGAGAUAAAAAUAAGCAUAGCUCAAGUUUAAGAUCUAAUCAAGCCCUCUGAUUAAGUACAAAAAUCAAUAAAAUUAAUAUACAUGUGUUAGGAAAUUUUGCCCAGGUUGGUGGGGGGUUCAAGGUGGUCACAUUAUGCAACAACAUUAAAUAUUUCAGAGAUUCUGCAUUAAAUAAUUUAUGUUUCCAAUGUUAAAUGGCCUCAAAUGAGCACUAACAUCUGUUGCAGUUUUUUUGUUUUUUCAGAUUACGCAUUUUUUCAUUAAUUUUGAAAUUUUUGUAAAAUAAUAAUGUGAUCGAUUUGGUUUCAGAUCAAUCAUUACUUGCAAAAUUGUGCCAUUGUAUAAUGUCAGGUCUUGAGUAAUAUUCAGUGAUCUCUGAUAUUUUAUCUUACAGAACGUAUUGGUGAGGGAACAUGUACGGUAGUUAACGCGUUUUUCAUAAUUUUCAGGAAAUGGAUCUGAUCAGAGAACAACUUCAGCACUUGGUGUCUCUACCAAUGUGGAUUUGUCUCCUUCCAGUAUGUGCUUUUUUAAGUUCAAAUAAGAUUGCACAGUUGAUUUAAAACUGUGGCGAAAUCCUUAGACUGUUUGCAAUCCCCAUUUUCUUUUUAAUUGUUGAGAUCGAUCCUCAAGUUGAGGGGAACGUGUGUAGGAAAGUAAACGUAAGAGAGGGAGAGAGAAGGCAAGCUGACAGUAGGGAUUUAGAGUGGGAUCGUGUUUGCUAUUACGUGUACAUCAAGAUAGGCGUCUUCCUAUCAUAUCAAGUCGCACAGAAAACUAAUAGGAACAUGUGAACAGUCUAAGCAGUUUCUCUGAUGUUUAGCUAAUAAGUAUUGAUUCAUUGGCUUCAUUAGGGUGCAUCUACUGGCGAUGAACGGGAUUUUUUAUUUGAACUCAGAUCGCUUCAAUUUUAAUUGCCUUGAUUUUCGCUCUACCUGUCCGCUGACAGCCAUGUAUGUGUCAGAAUCAAUGUUUCCUGUUUUAUUCUGAUAAAAGUUAACACUUUUCCUAUUAUGAUUACGUACAGUACCUGGUCAAAUGUGCAUUAUUCUGCAGUUUGCUAUGCACUACUGGUAUAACUUGUGUGCAUAAUUGUAGUUGUCAAGCAGAUUUUUGUGAAAUUUAUAGUGGCGUAAUAUUAUUUCUUAUAAUGAAAAUAUAUAUAUUUAUUAUACUCUAGGAGCGCCUAGAACAGGAAUUAAAAAGUGUUCCAAAGUACAGGAAGUACUGGAAUCACAUUAAGAAAAAAGAGGGACAGGCAGAUGAAGAUGUCAAAACAAGGUAAGCGUUACUCGAGAGUAAUGUAGAGUACAAAGCUAUUGUUAUACUGUUAAUGUAAGUUGAAUUGUGAAUGAAGACAAAUAGGACAAUCAAAUAACACUCAAGCAACCAAGUAAAGAAGAAGAGUCCUGCACUACUUGUCAAAAAUACAUGUCCUAAUACAUGUAAGUCUUAAAUCUCCCCCCCCCUACCUCAGGUGUGUGUGUGUGGGGCGGGGGGUGAGGGCUACUAUAGGUCUGUUUGGAACCCUUGGGUAAUACCGACCAUGUUCAAUUGCAAUUUUAGUAUGUUAGUCUAGUCUUAGUUUCAAGGAUCCUUACCCCAUCCUAAACUGCGCUGCUGACGAAACGAAGCACUAACGGUGGUUAAGUUAAUAACCGAGGUUUGUUUACGUCUGUGACGCAGACUAACCCUAUCACUGACAAACUAUGAACCAGGAACUUCAAUUCUUCAAACCACUGAAUAUUGUUCCGUAUGAUACCCCAUUCUAGACUAAAAUCCUCUUAUUCUACACCUUAUCUUAGUGAGUGUGAAUGUUGGGUUAUGGAGGAGCAAUACCUCAUUACCUUCCAUGUCCUGUUACUUUACCACAGCUUUAGGUCCCAGAUAGUUCUAUCCAAGGUUUGAACAACCAGGGCCAGGUUUAUACACGUAGAAUGUAAUUCGAUAAAACAAUGACUUGUUGUGCACAACAGUAAAUGCAUGACGUUGCUGACAGUGCUUGUUUCUCGUUUCUAGAAAGGAAAAAGAGAGGAAGUACUUGUCUAAUCUUGUACAAAAGUUUCUCAAAAUAUUAGAAUCUAUUCCAGAAACAGGUAAUUAAUUUUACUACGUACUUCCUGGAAGAAGCUUUUGAAGGUUGUUGAGGAGGCAGCAUGGCCGAGCGGUUAGAGCGCUGGACUGGCAAUUCGGAGGCCCCAAGUUUAAGUCCCACCCUGACUGCUCGCUGGAUUUGUUCACGGUAGUCCCGAGUUCAAAUCCUCGACAACGCUGAUAAAUGGCCAUCUGCUUUGCCUCCUACCAGUUGGGAUUCUUAACCCCAUUGUGUUUGAGUUAAAUUAUUUGUUUCAUGAAUUUGCCCGGCCCCACUAGCACCAGUGCUAUAAAUGCUGUCGAGGGUACCGAAAUAACGGAUUUUUUAAAAAUUAAAAUACAACGGUGGAAACAUAUAUUUGAAAUGAAACCGCCGCACGGUUAGCUCAGCUGGGCCAUGGGAGAGCGCCGGUAUGCUCAGCGGGGGAUCGUGGGUUCAAAUUCCGGCCGGUUCAACGACCAGGGUCUUUAAACAAACUGGUGAGACAGAUGAUCGUGUCAUUGGUGGGGGUUGGGGGGGUGGGACGUUAGCCCGUUGGCCUUGUAUUUUUCAUCCUUCUUUCAUUAGGUAAAUCGAAGAGGAAAGGGGGGGGGGGGUAAAAGAACCCAUACUAGUGUUGGAAAUGAGUACAGGAAGUUUCCCCGGUGGUGUUGUUUACCUUUCACGCAUCAUUCAUGUCAUGGUCUAUGGGUGGGUUACAGUGAGCUCAUAAAUGGACUGAUAACGGCUGCCAGUGGCGCCCUUGCAUGCUGAGGUCCAAGCUUACUGUUAACGUGUUAAUACUGUAAUGUAAAGAGGCCGCACAUUGUUGUAUUCUAAUCCACGACAUUCCAUUCCAUUCCCAACAUUAUAAGCCAAAGAUUUCAAAUAGUGUUAGGUGAACCAGUUGGUUCCCUUAUACAAACGUGAAAAAGAAUUCAUGCUAAGGAUUCUAUUCGCUUUGUACUCAGAGUGACAAACCUUUCCUGUAUAAAAAUAAUUGCAUGCAAUGAGUUUUUAUUCAUCGUCAGUUUAGUGAAUGCGAUAACACAACAGAAACUGGUAGAAAUGAACUUGUGUUUUGUUUUGUUUUAAAGCGUAACUCAAAUAGUUACCAACAGUUUAUGACAAAAGAAUGUUUUAAUAAUUGCAGGAACUGUUGACAUGGAGAAAGCUCACUACUGCGAGAGGUUUUUAGAACUCAUGGUUGACUUAGAGGUAACUUACCACGUUUGCAAUAGUUAAAACAACCUAGUUUUAGGGGAGAUCUUGUUCUUGCUCAAAUCUUUUUACCCUUUCUGCUUCGUAACAGGAAGUCUUCAGUCAGCAUUCUUUAGUUAGAGGACUUAACAAAUUCCCCUAAUGUAGGAUUUUGUUUGCAAACUCAGUAUAACUCUUCCCGUAAGUGCAACAAGGAAACUCAAACAUAUAACAUCCAUGGAAUACUGAUAGCAUUCACUGUACUCUACUUUUACAUGCAAUUUAUUUUCUAAAGUGACAUGUCACAAAUCUAGGAUAAUCCUUAAAGUAUUUCAUUCAUUUUGUCGCGCAACAGCUAGUAGGGAUUGUUCGUAGUGACAACAGGAAAGUCGCGCCCGAAUUUCUCCUCUCCUUUUCUCGCGCGCCUGAGUUUCCCUUCCCUUUGGUGUUCUUACGCGUCCGAAUUUCUCCUUUCAAAUCGAUGUUUUCACACGCCCGAUUCUCCUCUUUCCCCCUCUUGUUCCCACGCGCCCAAGUUUUCUUUCCCCUUGGUGUUCUUGCGCGCCCGAAUCUCUCCUUUCAAAUUGCUGUUCUCUCGCGCUCGAUUUUCGUCUUUCCCCUUCGCCGUGUUCUCGUGCACCCUGUUUACCUCUUUUCUCGUCAAGUUCUUGGGCGACCGAUUAUCCUGUUUUUCCCUCGGUGUUUUGGCGCCCCUGAUUUCCCACUUCUCUUGAGUGUUCACGCCUGCCCUAAUUUCUCCUCUCUUGUUAGUGUUACCGCGCGCCUGGGUUUCGCUUCCCCGUGGUGUUCCCGUGUGGCCCAAUUUGUCUUUUACCGUUAGUAUUCCCGCGCGUCGGAUUUACCCCUUUUCCCUUCGUGUUCGUGCGUGCGCUAAUUUCACCUUUCCCUUGGUGAUUUUCCCUUUCCUUUUUUUGUUCUCGUGUGCAUGCUACUUUCCUUCCUUCUUCGCGGCGCUUUUCUUCCUAGCGUUUUCCCGUGCCCGAUUUUCCUCUUUUUUAGAUGCGUGUCACGCUUGCUUCGCGGUUAACAAAUGUUAACGUACAGUUCCAAUAUUCUUCGAUGAAUUACAGUAAUUAUAGCGAGUACACAUUCUAAAUGUUCGUUCACUUAUUUAUGUAGGCCUUGUUGCCAACGAGAAGAUUCUUUAAUACAUUAGUUGAUGAUCAUCAUCUUGUGGUAAGUUAAAAUUAUACACAUUGCUUAUUUUUAUGUCCUUGCGUUUGGAAGUUAUCUCCGAGUAACUUUAUUUUUCAUUCGGUAUCGAGUUGAGACUGUUUCAGUACCGUAAAUCCUCUAUUAAGUCCCCCCAUAAGCCCCUCGCUCUUAUAAGCCCCCCUUUUCAGGGGAAGAAAGAAAAUAAGACCCCCUCCUCUCUUUUAAGCCCCCCUCCAAUUCUCCAUUAUUGUUAUUCACAAAUAAAAGAUUGACUGUAUUGAUCAACUUCGACUGUAAAACUUUGUGUGGACUGAUCCGGGAUGGUUUAUUCCCCAACUGGAUGUUCGGAUUUGUUCUUGAUCCUCGGCUGCAUGACCUUCAACUUAUUGUACUGAGCUUUUCCACUUUUUAUUCUAGUUCUCUAUGUAGAACUGGUACCAUUGCCUUUGCCAAAUUAAAUAAGCCCCCCGCCUCCCUCUCGCAAAUAAGCCCUCCGUCUCUGUUACGCCCCUCUCAAGUGUGCUUGAAACUGAAAUAAAUCCCCCGAAGGGUUUAAUAGAGUGUUUGCGGUAUAUCUUGCACUUUGCAGGUCAAGUGCCAUCUUUCAGCAUUGGUAAAAAGGGAGUCAGAAGGAAGAUUAUUUAAACAAGUGAGUAAAGAAAAUGAUCAACAAACUGCACGCACAACUAUACGCUGAAAUCUUGGACAGAAUAAAAUGAAACAGCAAACCUCAUUCCCCCGAAAUCAAGGAAGCCGCGCGAAACCCAAAACGCACCAUUUUCCCUUCCCUGAUGUGGGCAGAAGGAGUGGGGGGUCUAACGUUUCAAUCUAUUUUGUCCAGGAGUGUGUGUGCAAUGUACAGUACAUACCACGCGGUGAUUGCAGGAAUUACACGCGUGUAAAUUGCGUGCAACAUGGCGGAUUAAUGUCCCCUCGUCCCCCCCCCGCUUCCAUAACACACACACACUUGUAUGUAGGCCUGUUUGCCGCGUUUGAGAUGUGGAAGCCCAAUGUAAUUCUGUGUACUUCUUUCCAACAGUUAUUGGACAUGCUGAAAUUCUACACUGGCUUUGAAAUCAAUGAUGUUACGGGUAAGAACUUGGUGUACAAAUGUGCUUCGGUCUGUGUAUUUCACUCUUCCAUCCUUCAUAUAAGCUGUUCAUAACCGUCUGUUUUCCCGUAUUGGUAUUCGAUGGACUAAGCAUAAAUGCUUAGUCGCUCAUGACGUCAAACAUUUUUAUUAUUCACAGGCAUGGCGUUGACAGAUCAUGAGAUGGUAGACAUCCAUUACAGCAAAAUGGCUUCUCUCCAGGUGCUUUAAAUUGAUUGUUUGUUCAGCUCUCUUUAAGGAAACUGCGCUCUUGUUGGUCUGCUGUCUCGGUAGCAGACCUGGGCCUUUUCCUUGAAAGAUGGUUAAGAUUAAUCCAUGGUUAAGCUAAAUUUGGGACUAACAUGUGGUAUUAGCUAUUAGGAAGUUCUGCUUGAGAACGAGUCAGUAUUUUAGCGAAUAGGCCAUUUCCAAUUUCACCUGGGCCUCUGUAUCAAAACGAGGUUAAGUGCUCGGCCUUUGAUAUGGAAAUGAUUUUUCAUUCUCAUGCAAACAAAACUCAUUUUCACAGAAAGGUUGUGCACUUGGCCUCAUUUUGAAUGUGAGGAUUUUUGGAACUCGGAAGUGGCCUAUUGCACUAUGCGACUGUUUUGUAUAGGUUAUCGCUUCUUUUAUUGGCUCUUACGAGGUUGCACUGGAAGCUAAGUUUAAAUUUUUCCCUCAAAACAGUCCCAUAGUGCAAUUCGACGAUAUACCGCCCCAGUCUCACUCGCGACCACAAAAUGGCCAGUGUCCUUUUUGAGGCCAAAACUUCGAACGUUUAAUCUACUUUGUACUCUGUUUAUGUGCUUUCCCUUUCCUCUAAACAGUGUCCUUACCAUUCCAUGCUAGCAGAGGCCACUCACGGUAAGAGAAAAAUGAGAGGAAAGAUGGAGACCUGUGCCGUUCUCCCGAUGCAUUCUUGCGUGUAGCCUCCGACCAGAUUUGUGUUCAAAACUUACUUGUUUUCAAGAGUGGUUUUGUUUCAUGUGGAAUGCGCUUGUUUUGUUGGAAAUUUCUGAGGCCACAGUUGUUAUUGCGCAAACCGGUUCUGUAAGAUAAGUCGCUCAUGACUAAAACGUCCUUUGCUGGUAAAGGCUGGUUUUCACUAGCGACGAAGUCGGAGUCGUAAUCAGAAGCAUAGAGCUUAUGAUCUAGUGAAAACAGCGUUCUGAUUCCGACUUACGACUCCGAUUUUUGAUUUUCACUAGGUCAUAAGCGCUCUUACGACGCCUCUAACGACUCCAACUCCGACUCCGUCGCUGGUGAAAACCAGCCUUAAGGAAACGCCAGAGCAUUCGCAAUAGGAGAAGCGUAUGGGGCUGGCAGAGUUCUCUCUCUUUCAUCUCCGUUUUCUCUCAAGAGACCUCAGCUAGCAGGGAAUCCUCACCAGAAUAGUUUACAGCAUAAUUUACAUUUUACCUGUUGUAUUCUUACAAUGUUUUAGCGAGCUGUGUUCAAGUAUUUUCCUGAGCUGCACGGCUUUGCCAUGAGUAACAUAGCCAGUAUAGACACAAGGGAGGCUCUGUUGCAACAUUUUGGGUCUCUUUCGUAAGUAUCUACCUUAAAGGUAUUGUGCCUAAUGAGAUAAGUAGACUCUGGACUCCAAAAUGUUUAUUUCGUGCUUAUUUGAGUUUGUUUUGCUACAGAAAUAAAACUCUCCAUGAAGUAGCGUCAUAUCUGAAGCUGUUGCCAGCCCCUGAUGUUGCUGGUGUGGAGGCAAACCGAGAAUUUCUCUUGGAAAUGCUGGUAAGGAUUACUGCAUUGGGUGCCCUGUGAUUGAGCGCUGGAAUAAGAAACCUCCAAAAUAUUGAGAGGUGCCGUCCUCGGUUGGAACAAGCGCUUCACCCUGAGAAAGGUUUCUUUAAUACAUGUAUUUUCGUAUCCUGAGAUAGCCUGUGCCAGGCUCUGAGAUGGUAGGGACGUCCCGAAAAUGACACUAUAGGCCCAGGCCCUUGGACACCUUAUGAAGUUUACGCAACGUGGUAUUCCUUAUCGCUUCGGUUUCGAGCACUGCUUAUAGUGAUUUGGGUUAGGCAAUACCGAUUAGGGUUAAAGCACUGAAAAUAGUGAUUAGGGUUAAGCACUGACUCGAAACGGUUGGCUUCUAUUUAGGGUUAGGGUUGUUGCUAUAUACCUUAAAUCAAACCAAUCCUCGCCAGGUUAUUCUCAGUGGCGUAAAUGGUAAUGAUGUAGGUGAUGGACUGCAGACAGUACGCUCCAGGUUCGAUUCUUACUCAGCCUCCUCUGACUGUUUUCCCUAAAAAAUUGAAGAGACUUACACUUUCAUGAACAUUUGCUGAGCAGAAAUUUCAAGGGACUUUCGUCUAAGUGUAGUGUGGAGGCAAUAAAGAAUACUACGUUGUGUAAAGUUCAAAUAGUGUCCAAUGGCCUUUCGACGGAUGUUAUUGAGUGUCUUGUCUCCUCGCAAAGGAACUAGUGAUGGCGUCGCGAAAUGUCGGCUGUUUUCUUAGGCCAGUAUUUCUUCCACCGACUCAGACUCCUGAGCCACGUCCCUUUAAAUACUUUUGCAAUAGCCAACUUCGUUGUGGAGAGAUAUGAGGGCUGUUUGAACUGUUUAUUUUGAUUUCGUUCUUUUGGAAUACUCUUCGUAUUUUCUGCUUUUUUAAAAAUAUUUCUAGGUGUCAAGACAUGAGCGUCGGCUAUCCCAAAUUGAUGCCAUCAACGAAAUGCCACUUUAUCCUACAGAACAGGUACAACAAAUUUGUCUCUAAUGAAAAAAAACCUUUAUUUUACAUAGUGCGUAGUUUAUUACUUCCAGUUCUGCUAGCGAACGACUGGCGAAGUAGCUUGUUACAGAGAUCUCCAAACUGGAGCGUUAAGCUAGCGUCAACAGAAAUUUUGAAUUUCCAACUUAGUUCAGUCUACUAGCAAAGCGAGCAUAGCCCUCGUUCCUUCCUGUCGCAGGUAAGGAUUAAGAAUGGUAGCACUAUAGGAUUUCUCAGUUGUACCCUAGAUGUCAGAGGUCCUCUUGCUUAAAAGCACUGAGAAGCGUAAAGAGCGUAGAUUGUGUUGCGACUCGCUUUCGCGGCUUUCGCGGCUUUCGCGGCUUCACCCCCAAAAGAGAGGAAAAACGUUUGGCACCCAGAGUAUUGACAGGGCUCGUGCAGGUCAUGGAAAACCUGGAAAAUCAUGGAAUUUAAUUGUCGGUCAUGGAAAGUCGUGGAAAAUCAAAGUUGUGUUAGAUAGAUUAGAUACUGCGGAUGUUAAAGCGUGGACAAUGUGAAAAAGAGACUCGAGUAAUUAAAUGGCGACGAUUUUAGUGGACACAAAAGUUUUUGUCGGUUGAUCUGAGUUAGGUAAAAAAAAUACCCUUAAACAAGAAUAGUUUUAAAAUAUUCGAAGGUGACAGCUAAGUUCCUAAGGUCAUGGAAACCUCGAAAAGGUCAUGGAAAAAGUCAUGGAAACUGAAGAGCUCGAAAGAGUGCGAACCCUAUUUGUAUAUACUUGUAGUACUUUUAUACUUAUCUCUGACCUAACUCCAACACCCUUCAUAUUCUAACACAAUCCUAAAUUCAUUACCUUCUCUUUCCAGAUUUUGUGGGAUGAAAACAUCGUUCCAACAGAAUAUUAUUCCUCGGAAGGUAUUUGAUAUUAUGGAUUGAUAUAUCUAUUUUUUCACGGUUUUCGUCUUGUUUAUGCUCCGGUUUUUUUUUUUUUUGCUUUCUGCAGACACCCUGGCUCUUCCCAAGCUUAACUUACAGUUUCUGACUUUACAUGAUUAUCUUCUGAGGAAUCUGAAUCUCUUCAGGCUGGAAUCUACGUGUAUGUAAAAGAUACUUUAUAGUUUGUAGUAUACUGUAUACUUAGAAAAUAUUUUUUUUUACGGUAUAUUUUUAGAUCUUUAAUUGUAAGGCGCAUUUGAAAACUGUAUAGUUGAAUUUGCGCGGUGUAAAUAAAUGUUAUUAUUAUGUUAUUAUUAUAAAUACCUUGCCCAAAGUAACAGAGUACCACUGGAACGUGGUGGUUGGUACCGUUCAUUUGAAUAAUCGCAAUGAAGAAUUUCUUACACAGACUGAAGAGUUAGAUCACAGGAAAUUACUGCUAAGUAGCUUUGAUUUUUAUUGGUAACGUUGUAGAGUUUCAGGCGCGGAUCUAGGAUAAAUACUAACCGAUUUCCUAAACGAGCGCCGCGGGCGCAAGCUUCUAGGGGGAUCGGGGGGCCUGCUCCCCCGGGAACUGUUUUACGUUUUUCAGUUAAAACUCCCUAAAGUCCCCUUUCCUGGGUUUCCGAGUCUUUCUGGCAGUAUAUUGGCCGGUUUCAUCCACCUUGGAUGAAGCGUUGCAACUUGGAAAGUUUUUUUUUAAUUGAUUUAAAAUAUAUCUUUUAUGAAAAAUCUGAGCGCGCGAUUUCCGUAAAACGGUGGAAACCGGUGGAUCUGCGCCUGAGUUUCAUUCUUAGACCCUAAACCUGAAACCACACAUCAUGACAGUACAAAAAGUUUGUCUGUGAGAUCACCAUGUAGAUGAGAUGGUUAUCACUUUGGCACAUUGUAAGGAUCCCCGAAAUAUUCACUAUAUUUACGUUUGCUCAACAGAUGAAAUUCGUCAGGACAUGGAAGAUGUAAUCGCAAGAAUGAGACCCUGGUAUAUCAAAAACGAAUUUAGAUUUGCUAUUGUUGAUGUGUAAGGUUCAAUAUGAGCUACAGUAUAGCCUGUGUACAGCCACUCCUUCGCCUCAUACAAAACCGACUUUGUUUGAGGGGAGGGAGCGGCUGUACACGGGCUAUAUGAGGUAUAAUCAGAUGGAAACUGCACUUUGGGGGAGGGAGGGAGGGUUGAAGACCACGGUUUUACACGAUACAAUUUUGUUAGCGUGAUUUUUCGGGCAAGCGUGUUGUUCGCCCUACCCCUUAUCGGGCUGAUCUUUCUCUCUAAAGGAAAACGCCCAGAUAAAAACUUUAGCUCAAACAUUUUUAAGGCAAAGUUUACCAAAUGCUCAAGGUCCAAACACUUGACUUACAUUGGUGCUUAGCAUUCGCUGAAAUAGAUCGGAACUCUUCAAUAACGAUCAUAUCAAUAACAUAUAUUUUGUUUCUUAAUAGGCAAAACGAAGUGGGACAAACAGAGUUUGCUGGAUGGGCAAGAAUGGGCACUGUAAGGCUUAAACGUUCUGAUUUUUAAUCUGCGGCGUAGCUUAAACUUGCUCAACAUUCUGUAAAGAGCAGCUUAGAAACUACGUCACCUAGAGAGUGCGGGCAUAAUUUUAUGCAAAUUAGACAGAUUACCGUAUUUAUUCGAAUAAGCGCCCAACCUCGAAUUAGCGCCCACCUCGAAUAAGCUCCCAUCCUAAAGGCAGAAAAAGUUAGUAAGCGCCCACCCCCUCCCCUUUCCACUUAAACUCAAAUAAGCACCCACAACCAAAACCAACCCCUUCCCCCUUCCACCCCCAAAAAAUAAGCACUAAUAAGAGACUUCCCCGAAGAUGGAGUUUUCUUCGGAGUGUUUUACAGAAACCUUGCUUUGUUACAUCUUCGCGUUUUUUUAUUACCAUUUAUUGUUUUGUUGCAAAAUAAACAUACUACGCUUGCUGAAAAUGGUGAAAAUUUAAUACACGCCCAGCCUUGAAUAAGCGCCCACUCUCAAGGUCCAAAAAUUAAAUAAGCGCCCAGGGCGGUUAAUCGAGUAAAUACGGUAUUCACUUUCCAUGUAUAGGAGACGUACCUUAGUUGCCGUCGUGUUGUUUCUUUAUUUAGAGAAGAAAUUUCGCUCCACUUUGUCUCUCUUCACCCAGUUGCAUGAUAUAAGCGGAAAGUUUAAUGAAAAUAUAAAGUUAAUCUGGAACUCAACUCUCUUUUUAAACCUCUGUCCAUGUUGGUUCACAGAUCAAAGCGGAACAUUUCAUUCGUUUCUGUUCUUCUUCGUUCCUUAUUCAAAUUAAACAAGCUUUUGUUUUCUUUUUCUCCUUCUUUACUAGAAAAUUAUCAAUUUCAGUGUAAUUGAGGUAGGUGAAAUUAUCUUUUAUAUGACUGUCAAUUAUUUUCUCGUCACGCAAUGAACUACGUAAAGCGAGCCAUGAAGACUAUCAUAAAUCGAUUCGAGGUAGACAUAAGUUUGUACCCUGCCCGAUUUCGGAAAAAAAAAAUUUGUUUAGCGGAACUGCCAGGGCAAGCUGGUGAAUAAGCGAGGAAAAGUGACAAGUUUCUUUUUUCUUGUCCUAUUCUUCUCGUCGGCUCGCGGUUGUGGCCCCGCGCCAAAAUUUCUCCACGCCCAAUUGAGCCUGCUCGCAGGCUAAAAAGUUUGCCGCUUUUUUCAUUGCGUGGUAACGUGAUCUUUAACGCGAAUAAACUUUAAAUUCCAUUUAUGUUAUCAGGUGUCAAAGCCUAAUAUCGGUGAAACACGCCCAUCUCGGGUGCGAGCUGAUGUCACCAUCAACUUGAACAUGAGAGACAUUGUGAAAGGAGAGUGGGAAGGUGCGAUUAUACUUUGUUUGACUUUUUUUACUUUAAAUAAAAGAAAUAAGUUAGUCUGUGUGAUCUAAUGGGUGACCAAUAAAAUUAAGAAAUAAUUUCACGCGCAAAACGCAAGUGAAAUUAUUUCCUGGUUUCACAAGUAUGCCGUUUGAUUAGCUAUUGAUAUCAUGACUGACAAAAGCGGUGUGAUAUUGCUCAAACUCAAACUGUGAAUUGAUUAGUUAAGUAAUGAAUUAAUUGAUCAGUUGAUUAAAAAAAUGAUAACAAGUUUAAAUAGGUUUUUCUUGUUGUUGUUAGCCUUAAGGAAACACGAUGUGGUAUUUCUGGUCACCGUUCGUCCAAAUCAGAAUGGGCCCAUCAAAUAUGACCGCACAAAACCGUUUAGGGAACAGGUAUGACAAAUAUUUUAAAUAGUGAAUAAUCUAUUGAACGUGAUUCUGUGACUGGGUAAGUAGUCACUUCUCUAACAACUAUGAGGUUAAGCAUUUACCACCAUUAUAGCUUCAACAUCAAGACUGCCAGAAAGCUCUCUCUUGGUCCUGGUCUUUCGGUAUCCGGGGGAGGGGGGGCGGUGGUUGGUACGUUUGGCAGAAAUAAAUAGUGAUUUCCUUAGCAAAUGUGUGACCAGCAGUAACGUCCUUUCACCAAACAUGAAAACAUGUAUAGGGAGGACGUCGUGGUUGGCGUGCUCAGUAGCGGGGAGAACAAGAUCAACACGUUGAUUUAUAGAAGAAACCCGACUGCAAUCCUGCCUCCUCCUCAGGCGCGUCGAGUUUCGCACUUUCGUCUUAAACAAAGGCGAGCGCGAAACGCAAGUGACUGGUGACGAAGCGCAAGCGGGGACCUCGCGCAAAUUCACAUCGAGAGAGAGACGUCUUAGAACAAGGCAGAACCGCGAAUCUUUGACAUGCAAUCUUUCCCUUUUCUUGUAUCCCAUCCCCGAGGCGGGUUUAUUUACGCGCAGUUUGUAAAUAAUAAUUCAAAUUUAAAUUUUUACAAUAACUGAGUGGUUUCUCACUGAAUGGUCGAUAAGAGUACAGACCAUGGAAAUGAAGUGAUAGUUGCGCAAUUUCAUUUGCUUUUUUCUUGCUCGCGAUUUUCUGCGAAAGUUCAACGGAAAUGGACGUCAAAAACUCCUAAUAUUAUUGUAGAAAAAGAAAUCGAAAACAAUUUUCAUGGUCUGUACUCUUACCGACCAUAAGGGUAAAAAACUUUGCAAUGAAACCACUCGCCUUGAGUUUUGAACAUUUUGACGUCAUUUCUAUGGUCCUUAAGAGUACAGACCAUAAAAAACUGUUGUCGAUUUGUUAAAUUUUGUAUCAGAUGUUUUGCCCGCAGUUUUGGGAAAGACAACAUGGCGAUAUUGAUCCAAAAACCGGCUCGACCAAUAGCAGAGCGACAAAUUAAACACCGGAAGUCGGGCUUAGUUCUUUCCCGCGCGCUUUCUCAUUCUUAUCUGACUUUGCGUUGUCUUUACUAAAUCUGUCCAUAAAGUGAUGCAGUCAACUCCCUCUAAGACGGACCUCUUAAGGGUGGGCACGUAGUAUCCGUCUUAGAGAGAUUUCUGUCUUGAGAGAGUCAAACAGAGGCAGUAAAGAAAGGCGAUGACCAGCUCUAAGUGUCCGUUUCACCAAAAUGUCCGUCUUUAUAGACGUGUCCGUUGAGUGAGAGUUGGUAGUAUAAUCAACUUUGUAGAGAACUUCUGUGUGAAUGUAUUGAUUCUUGAUUGUAGUUUGGAGUUGACUAUGUGCGCGGGGCUGAAAUAGAAGGGAUGUUGGACGAACAAGGAAAAGUCAUCGAAGAAGGUGCGAAGAACAUAUGUUAAAAUCGAUCAAAUGUUGUAGGUUUCUCACUGCCCUUUAUUAAGAAGGGGUAAAUAACGAGCUUUUACUGAGGGGUGUUUUAAUGCUUUUGUUUUUGUUUUUGUGAUUUUAAGUAUUCCUUGCUAAUCUCCAUCUCCAUCCUUUGUUAUGUCCUGCCUGUGAACGUCUGCGUUUUUAAUUUAUGUUACAUACGGGAGCUUAAGCAGCGACGACUGCGGACGGCAACGGCAACGAGAGCGGCUAAAAAGCAUUAGGUUAAGAUUGGCAAAACAACAACUCUACACGUGCAUCGUGCUUUUCUGUACAUUUCUUUGCCAUGACUGCAAGACUACGACAUUAAAUUCCUAAUUUUACGUUUUCACGGAGGACGGGAUCACAUGACAACGUUUUUCUUUUUCUUUUUGUGAACUUAGAUACACUUCUUUAGAAUUCAACUCCUGAAAAAAUCGCCAACAUUUCACAAAUUAAAAGAGUUGCAAUAAGAGCGAUGAGCAGCAGUGCGAACUCACUUUUUGGGUGACGUUUUUGCUGCCAUUGCCGUCUUCGUUGCUAAAGCUCCCUAUUUUUAAUAGCCUGAGAAAACAGCCGACAUUUUGCCUCUCCGUCGGUGGUUUUCUCGCGAAAUGACGUCUGAGGAACGAACGCAAAAAUUCCAUACUGAUGACGUGUCACUACGCAGAUCUGGGUAGUGCUUCUGACUGAAUGAAGCAGAUUUCCAACCAAUCAGGAGUACUACCCAGAUGUGGUUUUCAACCGCCGCUCGGUUAGCUCAAUGGGAUAAGCGCCGGUCUGCUGAGCGGGAGGCCGUAGGUUCAAACCCCGGCCGGACCAACACUCAGGGUCUUUAAAUAACUGAGGAGAAAGUGCUGCCUUUGUAAUAACAUCUGCAAACGGUUUGACUUUCUAGUCUUCUCGGAUAAGGACGAUAAACCGUAGGCCCCGUCUCACAAGCCCUUGCACAUGUAAUUAAAAAAUCUGUGGGACGUUAAAGAACCCACACACUCUUCGUAAAGAGUAGGGCACGUAGUGCCCGGUGUAGUGGUCUAUAUCACUUUCACACUCAUGUAUGGGGGCAUCGUUACUCAUUCCUUCAUUACUUGUAAACUGCGCCUUAAGCAGUCUGGCAAAGUCCCCCAACCAGUGUUGUAAAUUAUCCCUGAAAAGCCCUGAGGGGAGUGGAUAAUAUGAUGUUUGACUUUGACGUUUGACGUUUGCUAGUGACACGUCAUCAGUAUGGAAUUUCUGCGCUCGUUUCUCAGAAGUCAUUUCGCGGGGAAACCAGUGGUGGAGUCGCAAAAUUAUGGCGUACAUUUGCGGACAAAAAUAAUUGAAAAUAAAAUACAAUUUGAAGUUCAAAAAUUAGACUAUCCAUGUCGAAAUCUCGUCAUAUGAAUUUGAAAUGGCAAUGAACGCAGUCGAAAUAGCAUCAUUCGAACUUGAAGUUACUACUUUGAACAAGUUGAAACUAUAAAGGGAAAACUCGACAUCGCGGAUGUUGAAGUUCAAAUCACCAUUUCAACUAAAAUGUAAAUUACAUGAUUUGAACUUCAAUUCACCUUCUCCACUCUAAUAAGCUACUUAAUCGUCAACAAUACAACCAUAAUCUCCCACAAAAUUCCAAAUGAAACCUUUAAUUUGAACUUAAAGUCACGUCACAUAUUCGAAUUCGAAAAACCAAAAUUUCAAUUCGAAAGGAAGCGGAAGUAAAAAUACACAGGAACCGGAAAUAAUAAGAGUUUUGCAACACUUUACAUACGGGAUGUUUGCAUAACUGCAUUUUGGCGCGAAAAGAUUUUCCCUUCACUCGAAUACGGGUGACUCUAGGACAAUCCAAGAGAUUGCGAGGGGCUGUCGUGGCAAACUUAAGAGUGGUUUUCUGUAAAAUUUGAACUUCGGCCUGACACGGUACCUCGUCGAUUUGGCUGAUUUUUGGCAUGCAGUCUUAGAAUGGUUUCCUAAAUACUGAAUGCAUAUGCUAAGGUUUGAAUUCUCUUUGGUUCCAAACAUACAGGAAUGACAGUUUUGACAAGGCCUCGAGGGGCCGCCAUGUUGGUGAACUGAAGGACGUUUACGAUAAUUAAUUCUAGCUUUAUCAUUAAAAUAACGUAAUCGUGACUCAUACAGUGGCAAAGAAUUAUGCUUCCUCCUUUCAUUUACCUACUUUUAUCCGAAAAUAGUCUAGCCAUUAUAACGGUUAUAACUUCUCAUAGCACUUUUACGGUACUUAAAAGGUGCACAAAUUUUGUAGAAAUAGGAAGGCCAGUAUCACCCAUGCCACAUCGAUUUGGAGUAAGCCAUUUUCACUAAACAUAGUUUUUUUUUAUAGAUAAGUUAGAUUGUUGAAUAAAAUAAUUGGGCAAAUGUAACGGAGCAGACCUACAAUUGCUUGAUUUGAACAGAUAAAGCUAGAAUUGUCCGCCAUAUUGACCAGAGAGUUCGAUUUCGCGCCAAAAUGCAGUUAUGCAAACAUUCCGUAUGUACAGUGUAGCGAAACUCUUAUCAUUUCCGGUUCCUGUGUAUUUUUACUUCCGCUUCCUUUCGAAUUGAAAUUUUGGUUUUUCGAAUUCGAAUAUGUGACGUGACUUUAAGUUCAAAUUAAAGGUUUCAUUUGGAAUUUUGUGGGAGAUUAUGGUUGCAUUGUUGACGAUUAAGUAGCUUAUUAGAGUGGAGAAGGUAAAUUGAAGUUCAAAUCAUGUAAUUUGCAUUUUAGUUGGAAUGGUGAUUUGAACUUAACAUCCCCGAUGUCGAGUUUUCCCUUUAUAGUUUCAACUUGUUCAAAGUAGUAACUUCAAGUUCGAACGAUGCUAUUUCGACUGCGUUCAUUGCGAUUUCAAAUUCAUAUACGACGAGAUUUCGACAUGGAUAGUCUAAUUUUUGAACUUCAAAUUGUAUUUUAUUUUCAAUUAUUUUUGUCCGCAAAUGUACGCCAUACAAAAUGUCCGCUGUUUGCACAGGCUACGUUUUCAACUUCUCUGUUUUUUCGUUCCUUUAAAGCUACGUGCAAACGGGAGCAACAACUCCCAACAUUGUCGGGAGUUGUUGCGUUCGUUUUGGCAGUGGUGUGCAAACGGAUGCGACAACUCUCAACAACACGCAGCAAGAUGCAACAAGGUGUGUAAACGGACGCAACAUGUAACAUUCAACAAUGUUUGGAGUUGUUGGCCAACUAUGUUCCGUUCGUUUGCAUGGGACUUUACUUAGUAGGGAACUAUGCCCUUAACCGUUUGGAACUUGUUAUUUACUGAUGGCUCUCUUUAGGUCCUGAACCAAAACCCGAAUUUAAAGGAGAUGAAAGAACGUUCCGCUUGUGGCUUGAUACAAAUCAAUAUCAACAGGACAUGGCCGAGACUGUACAUGGUUCAGAGGCGAGUUGAAUUCUCACUAACUGCGUAGUGCCUCCAAAACUAAUUAGUCAGAAAUUAAGGUUGCUAAAAAUAAACAUUCUGAGAAAAGAAUAUUACCAUUAUUAGGUGUUGCUGAAAAGUUUUCAUUUGAUUGCUCACACCAUAAAAUUUUGACAACAAACGUAGAGCGCUUGACUGCAGAGGGGGAGGUCGCGGAUUCGAUUCCUGGGGCCGGACGAAUACUCAGGGUCUUAAAAUCUAUGAGAAAUUAAGGUACCCCCUUUGCAGUGCAAGCGGCUAGACCUUCGCGUGGCUCGGACGACCUCUUAAAAUGGCGGUCCGAUAUCCAGCUGGAGACAUGAAAAAAGUGUCCCCCAUUACGACUUGCGAACCCGGGACCGCCGGAUUGCGAGUCUGACGCCCUGACCACUCGGUCAUGCUGUCUCCUUGCUUCUGCUGUUUUUCGUUAUUUUGCCCAGUGCCCUCCAAUAUUAUGCACAUUUCUUUUAUUGGAAUACUUAAUCAAACUGUUCUCCACAGGAUGUGUACGAGACCUUCAACAUUCUUUUAAGACGGAAACCAAAAGAGAACAAUUUCAAGGUAAGUUUUGAUAAAGAAAAACAUGAAAAUUAACUCCUAGCUAACGUCUGUGUCUAAAGGCCAACAUACGUAAUAUACGCCACUUCCACAUUUCCCAUAAUGCACCCUAUUUGCCACUCAAAAUUUUGCAUAACCUUUGUUUUUUAUUUCUCCUGGGUAUUACAGCCGUCCCAAGAAAAAUUGAGAACAAUUGUUAUGCCAAUUUUUUUUUUUGGGGGGGGUGCAUUUUGGGAAAUGUGGAAGUGGCGUAUACGCAUCUUCUGGAUGCUACUCACCGAAGACUCUUAUCUCGUCUUACACGUGAUGAAAGAUGUUGUUACCUAGAUAUAUGCCUGCAAACUUGACUUACACCAUUUUUGUUCUGUGUAGGCCGUGUUAGAGACCAUUCGGGAUUUGAUGAACACCUCUUGUAUUGUCCCUGACUGGUUACACGACAUAUUUCUCGGUUAUGACGACCCAGGUGCGGCCCAUUAUACCAGGUACGGUUAGAACGUCAUUUUCAGACCAUUCCAUUCAGUAUAUCAAUCUAUUAUUGUGUUGUAGCCUCUGAAUACAGCUGCGUCAGGAACUAAUGAGAAGCGGCUGUAUUCUGGCUAAAUGUGCUGCUAAUCUUUCCAUAGAAUGCCAAACCAGAUCCGAAAACUGAAUUUCAACGACACUUUUCUUGAUUUUGAGCAUCUGAAGACGUGUUUUCCGCAAUACUCAAUAAAAGUAAGUUCAUGUUCCUUCGUUUUGGAUUUUGUUUUAACGAAGAAAAGGACGGACAUUAAUAACAGUUUGUCUUCCAUGUUUUUAGUGCACAACGGACAAUCCCGAUGAACAAGUACCACCCUUCAUGUAAGGAGUAUUUUGAGUAUUUCAAUGUACUGUUAUGUUGUUAAGUGUGAGCCGUACUUGCUACAUGCAAAAGGCAUACUGUAUAUGACAAAACAAACCUUUCAGAACUUGAAGCAGAAGCAUAAAGCAGAUCUCAAGGGCAGAAAAAAAAAAUGUGCGACUUACAGUAGUCAUGAUUUUGCUAGUUUUGACUUCUCCUUAUGCUUCGUUGACAACGUAGUGCGCCGUUUUUGCGCCAAUCAUUAAGAGAAGCUGAAGCUCAGGCACUCCAGGCUCUCCCUGUAAAUGUCGGCUAUAUUCGUUUGAGUUUAGGUCGUUUCUUAACAAACAGUCAAAAACUUUCCAUUGUCAGCACUCUUAAGGCUGCUUUUUAACUAGCGACGGAGUCGGAAUGGGAAAUCAGAAAAAUUAAGUGCAAAGCGUUUUGAUCUAGUGAAAACAGCGUUUUUAUUCCACUUACAACUCCUUAGCGUACGAUCUAGUGUAAACUGGGUUGACUGAGUGGAAAGCAGGAAACGGAAGAACUAAAGCAAUUGCAAAGUGUGGGGAACGAGCAUUGUGAUUGGUUUAUCCUUCCGCUUGUACAUCCAACUGCGACAAAUUUGGUUUUCAAUAGAUCGUAGGGAGCGGAAGAAAUUGGAAACGUUCUGAUUGUUCCGACGCUGUUCUGUCGUGCUUGUGUAUCCGCUUACGACUCUUCGAUCUUGGAUUUUCUCUUGGUCAUAAGCGCGCUUACCAGACUCUGCAUAUGACUCCAUUGCUAAUGUAAACCAACCUUUAUAGACCGUAGAAAUGACGGUAAAAUGAUCAAAGCUCAGGUCAAGCGGCUUCAAUGCAAAGUUUUUCGAUGGUAUUGUAAAUGGCGAUGUAGCUGUUGCAGCUUUUGGAUCAAUUCAGGUUUCCGGGAAACUGCCCACCUACCCCUCCCCUAACCCAACAUUUGCCCUAAGUGAGAAGUAAAUGGUACUGUUGACUUAGGGAGGGGUAGGUGGGCAGUUUCCCAGAAACCUAAAUGAUCCCAACUUGUUAGUUAGGGGUAUUGUCCCUAAAAUUCCAGGAGAGCUGCAUUUUAACAUGUUGCCCUGAAAAAUCAUUCCCGGAAACUUGUUUGCAGAAAAGCGGUAUCUUAUCUUUUCGUCUCCCUUCAGAAUAACAUUUCCUGAGUCACCGGACAGUAAGAAACGGAAACACGAUGAAGGGGAUCCAAAAGACACAAAACAGGAGCUUCUAGUGGAACCGUUUGUUGUACCUAACCGUGGACCAUAUCCCUUCAAUCAGCCGAAAAAGUAAGGGCUUGUAAUAGAUGCUCUAAAAUUUGAUUUCACAGUGAUGGAUUUCUUCUAACACGUUGUCUUUCACACUGCGAAGACAUAGCCUGCGUGGCUAGCGCUCCCGAGCGAGCGAGACACGAAAGUUAAGAGAGGGGACGCCAUUUGUGCGUUGAGUUUGUUGUUGGUUCUCAUUCUUGCUCCGAAAGGAUUUUCUCCUGGUACUUAGGUUUUAUCCUCUCCUGAAAAACCAACACUUUCAAAUGUCAAUUCGAUCUGGAACGCGUGGAAACAUUUAAACGAGUUCUCACUAUCGUGUCGCGUGGGUAAGCAAACAAACAAUAGAAAAAAAGAACAAGGCAGCUGCCGGGUUUUUCUAGCACAGGAACACUUCAGUUCGUAGGCCAGUGGCGAAGUCCGAUUUUGCAAUUCACGUCUGCCGCUGAAAAAAUUCUGCCCUUUCAUCCUACAACACGUGCUCUGUUAUGCCGAAACAUUUGUAUCGUGUACUCACAAAUGAUAUGUGUCACUUCGUUUUUUUCCAGGAAUGCUGUUCCAUUUACUCCAACUCAAGUGGAAGCUAUCAGAGCUGGUAUGCAGCCUGGACUCACUAUGGUACGUUUCUGAGAUAUUAUAUAAACGUUUGUUUUGUGGAGGGUUUAGUCAAUGAUGUUGCUUUGGGGGUAAGGAACGCAAGUGUGAUAACUGGUCAUCAAUUCCUGCACUUUCGUUUAAUCCACGGUUGAAUCUAAUUCAAUGAAGCAUCCAAGAAACCGACUCUAACUCACUUGGUGGACACGUUUGAGAAGGGAGGGGGUUAAUAAAGACUGGGGCUUAUUUACCUCAGCGAAAUGGGGCGCUAUACUGCUUUUCAAACAACCGAAAGGUGGUAUCAAUUUUCCAGAAAUAACUAGAAUACAAAGUGAAAAAGCUCAAGCAUAUGAGUUUGGAGGUGAUGCAGACGAAGAUCAAAAAGAAAUCUGAACUUGCAGCGCAUGAAUCUGGUGAAUAAACCACGCUGGAUCAGUCCUCGUGAAGUGCAAAUACGGGCUAUCAUUUAUUAAUUUGGUUUCAAUGAAGGAAGAGGGAAGUGGUGGUGGUGGUUGUGGUGGGCGGGGUGGGGGGCGGUGUUUUGGGGGCUUAAUUCCUUUUUCCUGGCCCUGGGCCCCGUUUCUCGAAAGCCCCGAUUACUUUUCAGCGCCGAAAACCUGUUUUAUGCUUGUCUUGUUUGCAUUCAAAAUCUAAGUUUCAAUAAUAUUUAAACUAUCACUUAACGAAGCAAAAUUGGCCGGUUUGUGAGCUAGGAACUGUGCUACUAUUCAACAGGUUUCGAUUUCAAAAUUUGCCUUCGGACCCGAAACGUUACCGGGCCUUUCGAGAAACGGGCCUUGGAAAAGGGAAAUAAUUCGAGAGGGGUUUUACUAGAGGAUUUACGGUAUCUUCUGUUAGGUUGUGGGACCUCCUGGAACUGGUAAAACAGAUGUGGCUGUGCAAAUCAUUUCCAAUAUUUAUCAUAACUUCCCGGAGCAAAGAACGCUGCUUGUUACUCACUCUAAUCAGGUAAGAUUAUUUUAGCUGUGCAAAUUCUCGUUUGGAGGUCAAAGAGUAGAAUGAAAUUGUGGAACUCUCAAGUUAUCUAACUCCUCUUCGCCCCGUUUAAAGUAAAAUGUAUGACGACUGUAUUUACACUUAAGGUCAACGCUACACAUAUUGGCCACCUUGAGGUUGUGCGGGAGAGCGAGUCGAGAGGGCUGUCAAGUGCAUUGUGGGACUGUCUUCAACAUGGCGGCAAAUUCGUCCCCAAAAAAGUCCCACAAUGCACUUUGACAACCAUCUUGACCCGGUCUCCCGUGCAACCUCAAUUGUGUAUCUAUAAAGGCACUAAGUAAUGACCUUAGCACUGGAAAAUAUCCUCGUGCCGAAACGCCGGCUUUGUAGGUUCUUUUUUACUUGUUUCUGUUUCACUAAAUCGCUGUUGAUCAAAACUUCUAUUUCAAUAUUUGUUAAGGCCUUGAAUCAACUGUUUGAAAAAAUCAUGGCCUUGGACAUCGAAGAACGUCACUUACUUCGUUUGGGACACGGAGAAGAAGCUCUGGAGACAGAGAAAGAUUUUAGCAGGUUUGUAGGCCAAAGUUAAAACUUUCUUGAAAUUUCCAAUUUCUAAUUUGUUCGAGUUACCCGCGUAAAAAUGACAGGAAAUUAAGGUGAAAUCCAAGGGAAAUUGGACUUAGUUCGAGUAAGUGGGGAGUUCGAGUUAUCGGGGUUCUACUGUAACUCUAUUGGAUCAAACUGACGAGCUGCUUUUUAUCUUUUUAUGUAGAUUAUGUAGAUUAUAAUGUACAGUGUAGGGAAAAUUCUUUUGUUCGCUAUUUGCUUUAAACGUGAUCCUAAAUUUCUCCUUCGAGACUCAGGUAUCGCUGUAAAGUCUUCGGAAAUCGAUACUUGACUGUUAUCCAGCCUAUUGCAAGUGGGAAAAAUGUGCCUGUCACUCACAGGAAAACAUGUACCUUUACAACCAAUAACAGACCUGUGCAUUCGCCACCAUUAGGUUUCCCUCGAAAUGACGUCUGAGGAACGAGCCCAGAUAGUCCAUGCCGAUGACGCGUCACUACCCUGGAUCUGGGUAUAGUGCUUCUGACUGGAUAAAGCAAAUUUUUCGACCGAUCAGAAGCACAACCCACGUCCGUGCAGUGACGCGUCAUCAGUAUGGAAUUUGUGCGCUUAAAUUACAUUUCUCGGGGAUACCAGUGGUGGUAUCGCGAAAUGUCCGCUGUUUUCCCAAGUUAUUGCAUUCAGGCAACCGGUUGCCAACGGUACAAACUUUGUGUAGCGCUGCGGGAAAAACAUGCAGCUAGAUUCGAGCUCGGGAAAGCAUUCAACCUUGGCUUGGUGUCGAACGCACCGGGAAAUGCACUUUUUAGCGAUAAGUGAGUAAUCGUUGUUUUUCUCUUUUCACAAGGUACGGUCGAGUAAACUUUGUUCUUGCGAGCAGGCUUGACUUGUUAAAGGAAGUACAACGCCUCCAGGUUAGUGGGCAGCUAUUUUUUGUUCUUUUAUAUUUUGAACGUCAAAACUUACUUUGAUUGGUAGAAUUCUAUUUGGUAGUGAAUGAUAGAUUGCAAAUGUGCCAAGUCACGUUUUCUUUCUUGCUGAGUGUUUUGUUUUGUUUUUUUUUUUAAAGUAUACUUUCCGUAAUUGGUUUAAGUUAGUAAGAGAGAAUUUUCCUUUUAUAGCCUCCUGAAAACUACUUUUUUUUAAUCAAAACACUCAUUCAUAGUUUCACGGGAGCCACUUUUUCAAGUUAGUGUAUUGCACAAAAGAACCUCGUGAUUGACGAAAUGGCUGUUUUUUUGCGGAAAAUAAUUUAGGCGGUAGCAAACACAUAAUUUAAAAAUUUUUGAAAUUGUCUAACCUUUUAUCUGGCGGCUUAUCUCUUUGUAGGAAAGUCUAAACGUUCAUGGCGACGUCUCCUAUACUUGCGAGACGGCGGGGUAUUUUUACCUUUAUCAGGUAACGUAAAUAAAGCUUCAGUUUCUUUAGUGUACAUCAGACUCAAACAAAACUUUUGGAAAAUUAAAAAAAAUGUUUUAUCCGGUGAGUUCCCACCACCAGAUAACACCACGGUCAACCCGCAGUCUUUUUAGUUUAUUGAGGGAGGGGAGGUCGUGCAGUGGUGGAGCAGGGGAGUAAGGGCAGAAGAGUUUGCACAGGUUUUGGUGCACGAGUAACAAAAGGAAAGGAAGGGGGCGAAGGCGGGUGGAUGGGGAGAUAGAUUUUCUUCCCCUCCCCUUUCCCGACUUCAGUCUUUCUCCUUAUGCCCUCCCUGUUGACCGCAUUUUCUAGUCUCACCCAUCCUCCGCUUUUUUCAGAAUUGAACAUGGCGACUGCAGGAAAUACUGAGCACUUGCUAGUCCCAAAAUUGCUCGUGCGCUACCAUUCUCGUCCCCAGAGCCCAUCGUUUCUUGGUCACGUGGUCUUGAAACGAGGGGCAGGAUUGUUAGGACGUUGUCUGUGGCCAAUAGCAAGCAUUAGUGUGUUAACCUGAGUAUCAGGUCUUUCCUACGAGCCAAGGGAGAGUAGAUUUGAAAAAGCAAAGAGGGAAGUGGAGGAGAGGGACGUUCCGUCUCUUCGCCGUCCGCCCCCUUUUUUCGCUCUAUUAAAGCCUGAUGCUCCGGCAAGUGUGAUGCUGAUGUAACUCGUGCCGAUCUGAAUUCGUACCGGUCUCUAAGGCGUCUUGUCUCAUUUCAUGGCGGUGUUAACUUAUAUUAUCGUUGUCUUCUAGGUUGUUUCUCGCUGGGAAGAGUACAUGGCAAAGUUAAGAACAAAGGUAACUCUUUGUGCCUGUCGUCUGUAGGUCUGUCCGUCUGUCUGUUAAUCUCUGUCGUUUCAUAGAUAUGUAGUUACUCACCAAUAGCAAUUCGCGUAUAAUCGUCUUCUCCCAACCUUUCCCCCCGCCCCCUAGCAAGAUUUGAUAUUAGAGAGCUUUAGAUUCUAGGACGAGAACGAUUACGAGUACGAGAUUUGACUGAAAGUUUUAUCGCUUAUUCUCAAAAAAAUAUCCAGAAAGCUUCAUUGUACUUUUCGUUCAUCAAAAAAAGUUAGCACUGUUAUCUUAUUAAAGGAGGUUAAGCCCCCUCCGGAUCGCAAAACGAUAAAACUUCCAACAUUUGAUAACUUGUUUCCGCCACUACGACAUUCACGCUAAAACUCGUAGUACAAUGACGACGGCUAUCACGUUCUCCCACCAAAAUGACGCUGGUUCACGAGCGAGCACUACCCGUAGUCGUUCUCGUCCUAAAGGUCCCUAUUCUUGAAACUAAGAUAGCCGCCCGUUAGAGUAAACACUCGUUAUGGACUAUCUUUUACAGAACAAGAAAGAAAAGGAAACUGUAAACAUUUGUCUGUUGAAAGGUCACAUUUAUUUAAUAAUUUCUGCUCGCAACUUUUGAUAUUGCUUGUAAGUGCGUCACAAACAACACCUCUGAAAUAUCAAAGUUACCUUUUCUAACUAAUAACUAAUAAUAGUAAUAAUAUCUUAGUGUUACGUGCCACAUUCAACAAUGUAGCAACGUAGUAUUAUCUAAUAACCAAACACCUGAAAGUCGGCUUAGAAAUGUCGGAUUUGUCUCGAUUUUCAACUCAGUUUUGAGUAUUUCGAUAUUCGAUGAAACUUGCUUUUUAUAAUGUUUAAUAUAUUUUGUCACACAGCAUCCGUGUUUAUCAAUAAAUCUCACAUUUUGAUCUAAAACAUUUGGGUCCAAGGCAUUUGUAUGCUGCCACUGUAGUCUGUAGGUAUACUGUACACUUUAUUAAUCUGAAUUUUUACUCUUAUUUAGAAAGGAGAGGUUGCUGCCAUAUCGGAACUUUUCCCUUUUACAAAAUUCUUCGAAAAUGCACCACAAGUAAGUUUUCAGUCCCACAAACCCGAAUUUGAAACCAAGUUAGUUUAAAUGACGUUGUUAAAUGGUUUGUAAUGAUUAUGCAAGUUUCAGUUUUGUGACGAUGCACUUCGUUGAUUUCACCUCUCUUUUUCUCCGUAGCCUUUAUUCAAAGGACAAACGUGCGAGGAGGAUAUGGAAAUAGCUGAGGUAAGUUUUUCUUUUUUUUUCUGUCAUUCAAUUUUUGUGACGUUUCUAGGGCUACUUGGAAACGACACUUAAACCCUUACACUGCCAAAGUACAUGAUGGAGUUUUUUUAGUAUGUGGACAAAAUCCUGUGGUAUUACCAUCCAAAUGAAACCUCUGCAGUGGUACUUUUACAUGGUACUAUUAUUUUUCAGUAUUUCACAAAUUGAAACAGAGAAUUUUUUGGGGGCGCCUUUGGACAAAAAUAUGUGGACAAAAUCAAAUCAUGCAGUGUGAUCAUUCAAAUGAAACCUGUUUUGCAGUAUUUUCACCUGGUACUUUUUAUUUUUCAGCGUUGUACAAAGUGAAAUUACUUUGUGCUUCUUUGGCAGUAUAAGGUUGAUAAUCAUGUUCAGAGUUUACAAGUUAAUUUGUCCCCGAUGCCGAAGUUUCCCUUGGACCCAUCUUCUAAAAAAGCUUUUUAAUAUGUGUUUUUCCGAAGGCCGGCAGGCUUUUGUAUCAUUCACUAUUUUCACAGAUGCACCUUGUUUCCCCACCCCCGUCCCACCGCCCCCCCCCCAAAAAAAAUUUACAUAACCAUUGUCUCCAAUUUGUCCUUGGUAUUACGGUAGUCCCAAGAGAAAUAGAAGACAAUGCAACAUUUUAGGGGGUAAACAAGGUGCAUUAUGGUCUCUGUGAAAAUAAUGAAUGUUUGCUCUACAUUUUGCUCAAAACCUUCUUGGCUCAGGAACACGUGUAUUGUAUAAAAUAAUUUGUUGUCUUUGUUUGUUUAAAGGGUUGUUACAGAUACAUUAAGAAGAUCUUUCAACAGUUAGAGGUAACAACAGUGUAUUUUUGUUUACAUCCAGAGUAUUUUGUCAAACUGUUCCGUUGUGUUAGACAAAAAGGUGGCGAAAAUCUCUCCAUCAGGUUUAUAUCCACUAAACGUUUUAAAACAGAAACCAGCAGAAUUUUUUUUCUCCAUCAAGCCUCUUGUUACAAUUUUAAACUUGUGAAGUUGCACAAGGGUGAAUACGCUGUGCGAGGAAUACCCCAAUCCUCAGAGACCCUGUAGGGGGCAGCUAAGUCGGAUGAGAUAUUAACGUUGCAAGAAGAUUCCCUGCUAGCAGAAGUCUCACUCGGCAAGAGAGAGAAAGGAGAGAGACCUCUGAAGGCCUUCGACGCGUUUUUUUGUGUAGCCAGCGACCAUAUUUGUGGUCGAAACUGACUGGUUUUCAAAACCGGUUUCGUUUUAUAUGGAGUGCAUAUGCCAUGCUGACUGAGUCGGUGUCAGCUCAAAUUGCACCAUGGGACUGUUUUGGGGACGCUAUCGCUUCUUUUAUCUCAAAAUCAGGGGUUGGACACCUCAUGUUUAUUACAGAACGCCAUACUCCUCGUAGAGAACCAUUUAUGCGAGCUUAUUGGGCCGAUUUUCUAGAAAAGUGGGGAAAUCAGAGUAAGAAACUGUUGUGUAAGGAAAAGAGUUUAAUACAGGGUUUAGCACCGAGGUUAAGCUCUCUUUUAAAAACGGUUAGGGUUCAAGUCCUACGUACCACCAUUUUCUUUCUUCUCUUAUUUGAUACUUUAAGUCAUAAGACUACUAUCUAUAUUUUGAGGGAAGAUGACAAUCUGAUUUUGGGUUAUUCACUAUAGUCAUAACCCUUCUUUCAUGGCUGUACCUAGGUUGCCGGAGGAACUGGGACAGAUUUCGUCCCCAAAACAAUCUCAUAGUGCAAUUCAACACGAAAAGGACGCAGUCUCACGCGAAAUAAUCGUAUCAGGGUCUCAACAUUUUAUAGAUCCGGCCACCAGUACCGUGCCGAUUGAUUCGUUGAACUGUCAACGAGUGCUGAGAUUGGCCUUAGUAAAUUUGGUUUCAUCGCACGAAUCUCAGUCUAAAACUGUUCUUUAUAAUUACAGUACCGACGUUAAAAGUCAAACAAUAAAGAAUUUUGUGUUAUUUCGUUAAUAAGCACAUUUGACUUUUUUUUGUUUGUUUUUGUAGGAGUUUCGAGCAUUUGAACUUCUUCGUAGCGGUAAGUGUGUUUUGGAUUCUAUGUAGUGUUUCUACCUGACUUUUUUAACGAAGUCUUUCUUGCAAUUGACUGAAGAUGAUAUGAACUGCUGAAAUAUAAAUCUAAAGAAAGAUAUGACCUUCUCGUUGGCGAUAAAUAAUUACUACUGGGAUGGUCGUUUCUUCAUUUAGAUCCUUAGUUUAAAGUUUGAAAGGCGUCAAGGCAAUUUAACAUUCGACAGAUCAAGUUUUGCUCUUUGCGUUCGUUUGGUUUCCAUAUUCAUUUUUAAACUAAUUUUUGGAGCGUCCAAACGUAUGCAAACAGUUAGCCUGUACACAGACGUUGUUAUAUUUUUCUUUUCGUUCUUCGUACCUUUCGAAAACCCGAAAACAUUGCGGCGGUCAAUGAAUCCCCCGGGUUUUUUUUAUUUCCUAUCACGCUCGCUCGGCGGACUUUGAAGAGAAAAUAGAGGGUCUGUGAACAUGCCAGCAAACAGUUGUAAUUGUUUUUCAGCUAAUAAUUUAUUGCCAAUAGAUUUGUUUCUAGUGUAAUUCAUCUGCGGGCGUCACAAGACAUGUGGUAUGCAAUGAUUGGGAAUUUAAGUCCUUUCCUUGCUGUAUCAUUGGAGAAACAUGCUAAACCUAUUGCAGAGUUGGCUCUCUGUGGCUUGUGUACGACAAAAGCCUUGUUCCUCUUUCUUUCUUUCUUCCUUCCUUCCCUUCUUAUUUUAUUUUCCUUUUUUAAUCACAGGACGCGACAGAACAAACUAUCUUUUGGUGAAAGAAGCUAAGAUCAUUGCUAUGACGUGUACUCAUGCAGCUCUCAAGAGACGAGAUCUAGUUGAGCUCGGAUUUAAGGCAAGUUGUGACAGUGGUCUGCUAAUGCCUUUGUAGUGUACAGUUUUCUUGCAGUUCAUUGAUUCAAAAAACGGUGGUUGCUUACUUCAGAGUAAAUUGUAAAUGUCUUAUUAUCCACUCCCCUCAGGGCUUUUCAGGGAUAAUUUACAACACUGGUUGGGGGACUUUGCCAGACUGCUUAAGGUGCAGUUUACAAGUAAUGAAGGAAUGGGUAAUGAUGCCCCCAUACAUGAGUGUGAAAGUGAGAUAGACCACUACACCGGGAACUACGUACACUACUCUUUACGAAGAGUGUGUGGGUUCUUUAACGUCCCACAGAUUAUGAUGGUUGCUUACUGAAUGUGAAUAACUCUUAGACGUGCGCCACCAAUAUUACGCCAAUAACGCUCCAACGUAGAUUCGUGAUCUUACCCCCAACUGCGUGUAAUUAUCCACCAAUAUAUUACAACUGGCGUUUUUUGCACCAAUCUACAAGCGAGAUAUUAUUUUUAAUAAUUGUGGCAAAUUAGGCAUAACUAAAGAUAUUUCUGUUCUUAGUAUGACAAUGUUUUGAUGGAGGAGGCAGCACAAAUCUUAGAGAUUGAGACGUUCAUUCCACUUUUGCUCCAGGUAGGCUAGGUCACCAUUCUCUCAUUUUUUGCCACAUUGUUUUAUGGUAUUUUUCCACAAAUACAUGUACAUCUAUUGGGUGAUAAACCUUCUUGUCUCUCUUGUUAGAAUAGACAAGUGUUUUUAGCAUCAGUGAAAGUCAAACCACUAGCAGCUUAAAAUGAAAGAGAGCCCGUAGGGCACUUUUAAGUAACAUCUCACAAAUUACGAUAGUUGCAAUAGAGCGUUUUUACUCACGUGGCCAGCAUCUAUGCUAAUUUAUUGGAACAACAAGAAAACAUUUACAUGGGAAAAGAGGUCAACUCCCCAAAGAUUUUGUGGGUACACCAUCAUGGCCGCCGUUUCAUUGUUUUGGAACACCAAUAAGGCCGCCGUGACGUCAUGUGAAAACGCUCUGUAGAAUGGAAUAUAUCUGGAAAUAAAUCAAGAUGACAUAGCGGUAGCUCUUUAAAAAAUACCAGGCCAGCUAUUUUGUUAGACAUUUAUCGUGUGAUAUAUGUAAGGUCGAGGCAGCGUGGCCGAGCGGUUAGAACGCUGAACUUGUAAUCCGACGGCCCCCAGUUCAAGUUCAAAUCCUAGACCAAUAACCAUCCACAAGGGCAAAGGAUAAUAAGUAUUUGUUAUUAUUACAAUUUAGUCUUAAGUUACAAUACGAUUGAGCUUGAAAAUAGUUUUUUAAUCGAAAUUGUAAUUAGUGCUUUGACUGAAUAGUUUUUUUAAAAAAAAAACAAAUUAAUGGUAAAUAGAUUUUAAUAGUUAGUGUUGUUGUCAAUGAAGGAUAUUUUAUGAAAAACAUACUAUUAUCAUUAUCAUUAUUAUCACUAUUACUAUUAUUAUUGUUAUUAUUAUUAUUAUUAUUAUGAUCAUUAUACAAGAUGAAUGUUUGUACAAAAAUAGACGUGUUUAGAAGUUUCAACUAGUUGUCACCAUUGUAAAUGAACACCUGUAGACGAAAUUUUAUCUUGCAUUGUCAAACAGACAGUAAAGAGUCAUGUAAAUGUUAUUCACGCAAAUGAAUGAGAGACCAUUUUUUUUAUCAUGGUUAGAACAGAUAAAAGAGAUCACCAUUAUUGUUUAUGUGGUCAUGCUUAAGUUUGGCGACUUCUGUAUUCUAAUAGAAAUUUACUAUUCUUUUUUUACUGAUUUGCUAAACGAUUUUUCUUUGCUUUCACCGGUACGUAGAAUCCUGAAGAUGGAUACAAUCGAAUGAAGAGGGUCAUUCUAAUUGGUGAUCAUCACCAGGUUGGUUCGCUGUAUUUUUUUUGUUCUAUUGUAGGGAGAAACCCGAACCUUGACACACCCUCUUUAACGUCGUUCCGUCAUGCAUAAAGAAACGCCACAUUGGUGUCCUUAAACGGCGGCCAUGUUGGUGUCCCAAACCAGUCCUUUGGGAGUUAAACAUUUCUCUUAUGUAAACGGUUGACAUGCAACGUUUAAAAAUCUCUUCUUUCAUUGGUCCCCUUUAAUCUACACUUCCAUUGUUUUCAAGGAUAGGGGUAUUGUUGUGUCACAAUCCCUAUUGUUUUCCUAGCCAAUCACAGACAAUCUCUCAAAUAGUUGAAGAUCGCCCCUAUGUAAAACCUUUCGUAUGGUCCAAUAAAUUGGCAUAGUUGCUGGCCGCGUGGGUGAAAACUCGUAAGCGAAAGUCGAUGUUUUUGUCUAUCAAAACACCCACAGUUUGUUUGUUUGUUUGUUUUAAUUGACUAGUGUCGCAUGCAAUUUUACUUCGCGGACUGCUUAUAACUGAACUGAACGCUGGUGACUGACUCACUGACAUGAUGAUACAUGAAUUUGUGUUUUUGUUUCAUCGUAGUUACCUCCUGUGAUAAAGAAUAUGGCGUUCCAGAAGUUUUCCAACAUGGAACAAUCUCUGUUCACUAGAUUUGUUCGGCUUGGUGUUCCUACAGUUGAACUCGAUGCUCAGGGCCGAGCAAGAUCUGGGUACUGAUAUACAGUCGUAUUUCCUAACGUUACUUCGCUUUCUUUUGCUCUUUCCUUUGGUAUUAAAGGGAACCUCCACUUCAACAAAAAGAUAACUUUAAAUCACAGGAAAUAAUUGUUACAGUCAAGUCAAUCUAAAAUAUUUUUAAAGAAAGCGUUUGUAUCCGAGAGAAAUAACUUUUAGAUUCGCCUAUUUUUGUUUUCAAAUUUUGCUGGCGUCGCCAUCUUGAAUAAUUGUGACGUGUUACGGUUGCCCUAUUGUUAUUAAACAAAAGCUCUUUGUGUCAGAACAAUAGAGCAACCGUAACACGUCACAAUUAUUCAAGAUGGCGGCGCCCGCGAAAUUUGAAAGUGAAAAAAAGCGAUUUUAAAAUUCACUUUUCCUGAUAUAAACACCUUUUUUAAGGACAAAUUUCGAACAAAUUUGUUUAUCAACAUAAUUUUAUUCGAUUUAAACUUAUUCUGUAGUAAGAGUGGAGGAUCCCUUUAAAGGGGCCAUGUAAACAGUGAGAAAUGUCACCAAGUUGAGGGAAACGAAAAACUAACUGAUAAGUACUUAAAUAGUAUGCAUAUAUAACACAGCUAUUACAAAAGGUGUGGAUGGACAAAGUUCGAGAAGAUUGAAACGGAUUGCAAUUAUGAAUUUUUUUUAAAAGUUGUCGGUCUAAGAGUUUUUUUCAAAGUUCAUUUUUGUUGUUUGUAACGUGUUAUAUAUUGCUUGGGAGACAUAUUUGUUGGACACAAAGCUCUGAUCUUGUCAUUCACACGAAUAAGGAUCCGUUAAAUAAAUUAGGUAGCCGUGACAAAAAAAAAAAAUGUGUGAAGGAAAAUGUAUUUUGUUAGCUUUGCCCAAUAAGGAUUUUGAAUCACUGACUGGGUUAAAUUUCAAACAAUUUAUCGUUAUUUCUUUGGGUGUGUUAUCCACGAUGACGUUAGCCUGAUAGCUGGUGGUUUUGUCUGGCAAAGCGCGCGCAAACGAGCCAAACCGCCAGGUACGCAGGUUACGAUGACAUCACCGACAACGAAGGCGUUGAGGAUAAUUAUAGGAGGUCUUGGUAGGACUGUAUUGAUUUAAUGUAUCCACUCUUCGCGACUUGUAGCUUAUGUAGCCUCUACAACUGGCGUUACACCAAGCUUGGCGAUCUUCCUCAUGUUCAGACGUGGCCCGAGUACUGUGUGGAGAAUCCAGGUUUCUUUUUUGACUACCAGCUCAUUGAUGUACCCGAUUUUAACGGAGUGGGAGAGUCGGAGCCAAAUCCUUACUUUUACCAGGUACAAAAGUAUUUGGUGGUUUCUUGGUGUUGCGGACACCAAUGACGUAAUACAAAAGAUUGAAAAGACACUGAACAAUACCCACACCACAACACAAAAGCUAACAAACAAUAGUUUCCGCAACACCAAGAAACACCCAAGUAUUUCGACAAAUAUCUUUGUUUUGCGGCUUGUCACGGCAGAUAAGCUUACUGUCUUGCCAAGAAGCCGUCACUCUAGCAGUCUUUCGACUUAUUUUAUAACUUAGGGUGCGGUUCUUUGUGCUAAAAUCCGAGAUUUGAUCAAAAAUUCGAAUAUUCGGAUUCGAAUUUUUCGGUUGGAAAAGAAACAAUUCAUCUAAAACCGGAUUAUUUUCUAUUCUUAUCCAUUGAAACUACUCACAAUAUAACUGGAUUUCGGCGAAAGAAUUACACGGCCGUAGAUAAUGAUUCGAGUUACUGAUCUUUCGUUGUUUAGCUAAAGGAUGUAUCUUUAGACGGACCGCCUGAAAACGAGUCUUGCAAUAUGCAGUGGAAGAGAAGUGUCUUGCUAGAGGCCCUGCCAAAUUUGUGUAGUGGUUUUGAUCUUCUAAGCUAGUUAAAUGUUAGUCCUGUUUAUCGCUCGAUUAGCACUUUUAAAAUUCAUCGUUUAAUCCAUGUUUGGGGUUUCAAAGUGGCGGCAACGAUGAGCAGCAUAGUCAAAUAGGUGAUAGACACGUUGAACUUGAUGAUACAAUCUCUCUUUUAAGAUCCGGGGCACAGAAAUGCUUCGGAUCAUGUUCCCAAAGAACCCGGUGUUAGGUAAGAUCCAAAUAAUCCACCUUCUGCGUAAGUCAUUUGGAUCGAUAAUCCUGUUAUUUGGAUUUCAGUGAAGAAGCAAAUAUCCGUUUUCGAAUUUGGCUUACUGAAAGGAAACGCACCCUGAAGUCAGUAAAACCAUUAUUACUGAAACAGUUUCUUCAUUUUUUGUCUUGUUUGUUCUUGUAGAAUCUCGGCGAAGCUGAAUACGCAGUCGCGAUUUUCAUGUACAUGCGCCUUAUUGGGUAUCCCGCUGACAAGAUCGCCAUUUUAACGACGUACAACGGACAGAAACAUCUUAUUAGAGACGUCAUCAAACAGAGAUGCGCGAACAAUCCGCUGAUUGGACAGCCGAGCAAGGUAACUUGGAAUCAUUUUGUGGUUGCGUUGUGAGGUAUUGAGUGACCCAGUUAGUAGUUUUGUUGCCAAUAACAAGAGUGAAUCCUGGCAUUCACCUUAUGAAAAAUUUUAAGCUCACGUCCAGAACCUGUGAGUCCCAGUCAAAACCCAAUGCAUGAUUCCUUAAUUUUCAUUAAGGAAAAUGUUUAAACCUCAAGGUAGCUAGGCAUUUAAUCUGAAGUGCAUUUGUUAAUAGCAAAGUCUGUAUUACAGUGUACUGAAACUGAAAUACAGUCUAUUGUUCAAGCACAACAAAACUAAAUUAUAUAUGCAUCGUUUUCCGUAAUAACAACAAUAUUUUAAUUGCACUCUCAGUAACUGCCCAUUACAAUGUAGGUUCGUAGCGUGAAGUAAGUUUAAACGGCCACCAAGUGAGUUUUAUGACAGACAAAAAUCAUACAAACAGGAAAUUCUACAAAAACAACCUUUACAUCAAGCGAUCCAUCUGCCCUGCUGGACACGUGCCGUGAAUUCUUUUACUUCGUUGGGGAUUUUAAUGGAUCAGAGAUGCAGGACGAAAGGUUAACAAAAUCACUAUUCGGGCGUUACCGCAUUUCUAAAUAAGUCCCGAAGGAGAGUAAGGGUAACAACCAGUUAGUUUACAUACAGCGUGUUCUAACUUCUACAGUGUACCCUAGUCUGCUACACAGCCGUUCUUUGUCGUCACGCAACGCUCCUGCCCACAAGCGUUGCGUGACGACACGAAGAACUGCUUUGCAGCAAUACAGCUUUCACUAGAAACUUUGUAGCUAAAGCCUGUUUUCAACCGCUUUGUUAUGAUCAGGUGACCACGGUGGAUCGGUACCAGGGUCAACAGAAUGAUUACAUAAUCUUAUCGCUUGUUCGCACCAAGACUGUGGGUCACAUCAGAGACGUCCGCCGAUUGGUUGUUGCCAUGUCACGUGCCCGCCUUGGACUGUAUGUACUAGCACGUGUCAGCUUAUUUCAGAACUGCUUUGAACUCAGACCUGCCUUCUCUCAGGUAAAGAAUACUAGGCAGAAUGAUGAGCCUUCUCGCUAGCCUUUGCUGUGCUUGCUCUCUAGAACCAUUUCAUUUUAUUUAGCUCUUACAUCAGGAGACCUUUUUUUGGCUUUUGCCAAUUUGUUCAGCACAUCUGUGGUAUACUGAAUGAUAACUUUCAUCUUAGCCUGAGAUCACUCCCUCUCUCUCCCUAAUUUCUAGCGCUCCUCCUAGAAAGAAUUCUUUUCCUCUCUUCUCCGUUCCCGCCCCGUAAAAGCAUAAUAACAACAGUAAGAAUGAAAUGAAAAGCCUAAUCGUUGGUCAUUAUUGUCGAACUUCAAUUUACGACGAAAAAGCAAACGUGAAGGAAGUUUGUAAAGUUGAUUUUGAUUUCCACGAUCUUUUUCUCAAGUAUUGAUGCUCCUUUUGGAGGUUUUUUAACACUCUAGGAGUAAUUUAUUUCAGGACCCGGACAUCAAAAACUGCCCCCGCAACCGACCCCCCCCCCCCCCCCUCUCGAAAAAUUAAGGCAUAAGCGAAUUUUAAAGUGUUUUUGAAAAACUUUGAAACACUCCUCGUGUAUAUAUUUAGUUGACCAGUAGACCACUGAAGCUUUACCUGGCGCCCAGUGAGAGAUAUCCACCAUGCAGACCGGUGAGUUUCACUAUUCAUGUCGUCAUUUCAGUAAAGUAUUAAAAUUACUGCAUAAUAAUGAAGUUUUAGUAGCUGUAUAGACGAAUCAGAACCACCUUUAACAUAGCAGUGGCACUUGAACAUACUACUCAGAAGCUUUCGUUGCACUUAACAAUUCUCUCUUUAUUGAUUAACAACGUCCACAGUCCCCUAUUUUUUCGUGAGAUGAUCGAGGUCGAUCGUCAAAUUCGGGAGGCCGCCGCCUUGUUUUCCCAUGGUCAUUGUUCGAUUUCUCACCCUAUUUCCACAAAUUAUUUACACUUUCUUAAGGCUUCCCUCGCAGCGUCAAAUUAAUAUGGCCGCUCUUCAUUAAAUAAUUUAUUAAUUUUUCUUCCUUUUUCGUGAAUUUUAUCAAUGUUGUUUUUCUUUUUAAGCGCGGAGCUCCCCCUGCAGAAGCACCUCUCGUUGUUGAAGACAUGCCUCAAAUGCAUCGCUUCGUGUUUGAUUUCUAUAGUCAUUAUGUUCAGUCUUUGAGAGCCCAACAAGAGGUGAGUUAGACUGUCGCUCUUAAACCAAUUGAAAUCAUCAAUUUAAACAAAAUAGACGCAGUUUUCCUGUUUUAUGGAAAAAAGUGCUGCUUUUCAACACUUCAGCCCGUUUGAACGGUGCAUCAUCAUCACACGUUGGUACCCACUUCAAUCUCUUUUUCUUAUUAACUCCCCCAGUCGGCGUUGACCAAAUUUGAGAGAAUUGAUAUUAUUUUAUGAUUGACGUCAAUUGUCCAAUAGUAGACUGAAACAGGGUCUGACUGACAUUACGCAUAAACAGAGGCGCGGUGGCUCAGCUGUUUUGGUAAUAAAAUGGAUUCAUCACAGUUUUGGACGAUGUUGGACCAACUUGGUGGUGUCGUUUAAAUGGGCUGCAUUUACACUGAAAUAACUCUUGAAUGAAUGCAAAAGCCCAGUAAAAGGUCGCCUGCCUUGCGCACGUAAGGAUAUCUGUCCGCUGUGACGUUGGUUUGCCUAUUUAAUUUUUAGUACAUGGCCAGUAUUCCGAAGCCGCCGGAGGAAGAAAAGACGAGCAAAGAGGCUGAAGAAACUGAGAACGGACAGGAGAUAGGAGACAAAGACACUGAAGUUUCAAAUGAAGUUGAAGAAGAACAAGGGUCUCCAAUUGUGAACGAAGUUGAGGAGAUGGAAGCAGAUGACAAGUGAAACUGUUGUUUGGAUUAACUCCAGUUAGUUGUAAAUUAUGGAAACGCCAGUUUUGUUUCUACAAACAUAGUAAACUGA